GAGACACGCUGCUGUGGCCUGGACUCCUCCUUCGGAGAACCCUUCUCUGCACUCCGAGGACCUAUGGUGCUGCAAAAAGAGUGAGUCACUGGACAGAAGAGACGAGGAGCCAAGGCUGUGCCUGGAUUGCAGAAUUAUUUGCAGGAACCGGUCCGCUCGGCUCGCUUCCAACAUCUGGGCAACCACAUCUGCCGCAGCUGCAGAAGUGCCUUUUCCGGUGGGCUUUCCUAGAGAAUGGAGCACAACGGCAGCCCCUUGGCCUCUAAUGGUGAGUCGAGACUUGCAGUGAUUUAUGGCAGGCGUGUGUACGGUUGAACGCUGCUGAGAAAUGCUCCCUUGCCUCUGGCUUCAGGGUGCGCAAAGUCCCCAUGCGCAGCCACGCUGAAUUUUUGAGUCGACCAUUGCUAGUGCGGCAUGCUCCAGAUGUUUCGGACAGUCCUCAACCAGCAUGGCCGUUGUAUUCCAAAACACUUUUGAGGGCACCAGGUUGGCAAAGGCAGAUCUGGGCGAUGUGUUGCCCAGGCAUCGCGCCACUUAUUGAUCAGUGUUUUUGCUCCGGGAAGAAAAAUAGUUCAUCCCAGCGGAAUAUUUUAUUUGUUCCCGUUUGUGGCUCCGCUUUGGAGAAACGUUUAUUUAAGGAUAGUAAAAGAGACCGCUCCAAUUGAACCUCUUUUAAACCAGCAACUUUUUAAUUGCAUUUUUGUCAAAGAAAAAGUAAUUCUUUGUUACGGUAUUGAAAUACCAUCUGAUAUUUCGUGAAGCUAGAUUGCAAUUUAGUACACUGGCUCUCUGCCGUUCUUUUAGUCCACAACUCUGUAUAACCUCUUUCACAGGAGAAGUGUUUUUAUUCUUUGUGUACUCAACAGUAUCUUGGCGUGUAAUGAAUGGAGACCUAAAAUUAGCACCAUAACAAGGUCAUUGUAUCUGUUUCAUCGAAACCUGGGAGCUGUUUGGGAUUUGGACCAUUGCAACUUUGCAAAUGUUGGUUAAUUGCUAUACCUUUUUUUUUCAAAGCAACUAAUUGGAGAGUACAAUUUCUGGGAUAACACAAUCAAAGCAUUAUUUACAAAGCCAAAUCUGAAAAUGCGUUUUAUGGAUUGUAGGCAAAUCUGUAUUUGUUUGGAAUGUGCAAGAACAGCUCAAUCUGUAGACCACGAGACUCUUAAUCUCACGGUUGUGAGUUCGAGUCUCACAUUAGGCAAAAGAUUCCUGCAUUGCAGGGGGUUGGACUAGAUGACCCUUGCGGUCCCUUCGCACGCUACAAUUCUGUGUUUCUAUAUGAAGUUGCCUUUUGCGGUCCUGCCUCCCUAGACGCCGGCGGAUGAAUGUGGGACCUUUUGCAUGCAGAGCAGAUGUUCUGGCACUAAGCUACAGCCCUUCCCAAGACGUUCUCAGUGCUGAAGUGAUUUUCAAAGUUUUGACUGGCAAUGGCACCAGUUGACAGCCAGUAUUGGUCAUACUCAGAGCAGGCUAAGCCCAAGGGGUAGAAAAGGCUUCUUUUUAAGAUUUGUUAAUCACCAUACUUGCUCUUGUUUUUCACUUAAGGUAAAUUACUUUUGUUGUUACACCGCACGCUAUUAUGUCAUCAGCGUGCAUGGUAUUUUACAAAAUACAAGAAAACAGGUUUCUUCCUUGAGGGCUAGGCAGUCUGAAAUUCAGUAGAAGGAGGCGGGUAAAACAUCUCCACUCAAGGCCAGUUCUUUGCAAUUUUGUGCCAAAGCUCCAGAGUCAUCCGUCCUCCACACAAAAACAAUUGAUGUAAAACGAGUUAAGCCCAAUGAAGACUAAAUUAAAACUCUGCUAUCUGGGAGCUCUGCGACUGGCUGCCUGCCUCAAUGCCAUAUUGACCAGAGGUACAGUCUAAAAUUAGAAUGGGGACACUAAAUAUUUGUGUAGCAUUCCACCCCAGUACUCUACGGCCUUUGCAAACACCAGCUUAAGCGAUCCUUAAAACAUUUCUGUAAGGUAGGCUUGUAUAAGGUAGGCAGCCCUGUUUAGGGAAGUUUUUAAUGUUUGAUGCUUUAUUGCUUUAUUAUUAUUAUUAAUAUUCUGUUGGGAGCUGCUCAGAGUGACUGGGGAAACCCAGCCAGAUGGGCUGGGUAUUAUUAUUAUUAUUAUUAUUAUUAAUAAUAAUAAUAAUAGACUCCAUUUUGCAACUGUGUUGUCUGAGGUUGGCAAAGUGGGGUUUCUCUGAAACCACCUGUGGAGUUUAUGGGUGGUAGGAUUUGAACUGGGGACUUCUCCUGCCUCAUAUUCUUAUUGUCAUUCUACUAGCUCUCAUAAUGGUCCAGUAGUACUUGGAAGUAAGUCCCAUUUAGUUCCAUGGGACUUACUCCCAGGGAAGCAUACAUACGAUUGCAGCCUUAGUCUAAUUAUUCCUGCUUGCUGAAUAUAUGAGGAUGUAGUUAUAAGUACAGUGGUACCUCAGGUUAAGUACUUAAUUCAUUCCAGAGAUCCAUUCUUAACCUGAAACUGUUCUUAACCUGAAGCACCACUUUAGCUAAUGGGGCCUCCCGCUGCUGCCGCGCUGCUGGAGCACGAUUUCUGUUCUCAUCCUGAAGCAAAGUUCUUAACCUGAAGCACCCUACAGCGGAGGCUGUAACCUGAAGCGUAUGUAACCUGAAGCGUAUGUAACCCGAGGUACCACUGUAUGUAAAGAAUUUGUACUGAAGGAUUGAAAAGAAGUGAUAGAGUAUACACGCACCACCAAGCACAUUAUCAGAUUCUUGCGACACACGAAUGGAGGAGUGUGAGGUUGUUUCAUUCUUCAAUAGUUGCAAAAAUGGAAUUUGCUGUGUGCGGGUUUUGCCCCUCUGAGUGAAAUGAUUCCCUCCCCCCCAAAGUUCCAUACUGUGUAAUAGCCGAAAAAGGACAGAAGACCCCCCACACGAAAGGGGCAGGAGGUUAAGUAAAUAGAUAAAGAGAUAUCUUUCAUUGGGACAACCCAUGCAGUCUUCCAGAUUCUGCAGAACUGUAUGUCAAGCAACAUCACUGUUAGAGACCUGUGAAGCUUGCAGGCCUCUCUCUCCCACACCAACACAGGCUGGUCCAAUAAAAACUAUCGUUAUAUAUACGUAUGGUUUUUCAGCAGCGUAGAGAUACGAUCUUACAGCCGGAACCACCGAAGAUGAAACUGUACCCAAAAUGAAGGUGUGUCUCCCCACCAACUUCCUUUCAAUGUUUCCACUUCCUCCAGAGAGAGAGAAAAAUAAGCUUGUUGCUUCUUCAAGAGUCCAGAAGGAUGUCAUAAGCAAAUAAAAACAAACACACACCCUUUAAAACCAUCUAGAAUAGACAAUACAGACCUUGAUGGAGCAAUCAAUGGUUUGAUUCAGUAAAAGUCAUCUUCCGGUGUUCCUAAUUAUGUACGCUUAAAUGAAUAAGUGCAUAGUUUGUAAUUAAAUAAUUGAUUUUUUAGAUUUUUUUAUUAAGGAUCACUUGGUUGUCGUUUUUAAAUGACUUCCUCAGUGAACUAGACUUCCCCCAGCUGCAGCAACGGUGACGCUCCCACUGAUACGGAAAGAACAUAGAAGGAUGUACACACACAAAAAGCACAACACCCCCAAUAGUGUGGAAACUCUGUUGCAAUUCUGCUUUUAGCUGGGAGCAUUAGAAGAAUAUAAUUAGUAGGAGUCACUAAUACUACCCUUUGUGUACACACAUUUUAGAGUUGUUCUGAGGUGUUCCAUCCCUGCUCAAAUUAAGGUUACCAUAUUUUUUUCAAUGAAUCCGGGGACACUUUCAAUAAAUAAAUAAAUAAAUAAAUAAAUAAAUAAAUGUUCGGGACUUUGGUGCUGCAGCGAUGGCGGUGGCAGAGAGGCAGCCGCCAUCUUGACCUCAACCGCCACGUUUCCCCUUCCUCCGAGGUUUCUAUCUCCUUUCUCCAUGAGCCUGGGCAGCCCCUGAGUUGCUGGUUCUUCGACGGUGGUGGUGGUGGUGGGGAAGCCCAUCGGAGCAGCCCCAAUCCCAUUCCUACUUUCGUGCAAGCAAGAGGGGGGCAGGGAUCUCUCAGGCAGCGCAAUGGUUCCCAUCAGAGCAGCCCCAAUCCCAUUCCUACUUGCAUGCAAGCAGGAGAGGGUGGGGAUUCCUCAGCUGGAAAAGGAGGCUUCCUGUUGCCUAACUGAGAGAUCCCUGCCCCCUCCUGCUUGCACACAAGCUCUGAUAGGCAGCUUGAAGCCUCCCUUCACAGCUGAGAGAUCCUUGCCCUGCUCCUGCUUGCAUGCAAGUAGGAGUUGGGAGGCUGCUCCGAUAGGCAGCAUGAAGCCUCUCUUCACAGCUUUGCUGCUGGUGUCAGGGAAGGUGGAGGCAGCCUGGAAGCUUCACCACCAUCAUAUGGGGACUUCCAAGCAGCUCCUGAAGCCAGCCAGAGCCAGCUGCUCCAGGCUGCUGAGACUGCCGCUGCUGCGUUUCCCGGGGACGUUAGAUGAAAUCCCGGGACAUUCGGGGAUGGAAUUUGUCCGGGGACCUAAUCACAAAUCCGGGGACUGUCCCUGGGAAACGGGGACGUCUGGGAACUUAGCUCAAAUAGGAUUUGCAGGUGUUGAAACAAUGCCAAAAACCUGCACAACCUUUUUAUCGAAAAGCAGUAGCUAGAUUGUACGUAUUCAGAAGGACGUUUGACCUCAUACUGCCUUGUUAUGGCUGCUAGAAAUACGCUGGUUUCUGCCUUCGUAGUGAGUUGUUUUAUCAGUUUUAGCUGCCUUGGACUUGCUGAUUAUUUUGUCUUUUACUGCUUGAGCACCAUUUGGUGGAAAGGUUGCAUGAAAAUUUAAACCAACAAACAAGAUAGGCAACCAUGUCGCCUUCACACCCCCUUCAAUAUUUAGAAUAGUAGUCUGGCCAUCAGUCUAACCUCCAAACAAAUUCAAAGGCUACAGUCUUUAUUCAGUUGUUGUUUAGUUGUUUAGUCCGACUCUUUGUGACCCCCUGGACCACAGCACACCAGGUACUCCUGUCUUCCACUGCCUCCCGCAGUUUGGUCAAACUCAUGUUCGUAGCUUGAAUACUGUCCGAGCCAUCUCGUCCAGUGUCAGCCCUUCUCCUGGGCCUCCAUCGUGCCCAGCAUCAGGAUCUUUCCAGGAGUCUCUCUUCCUGAGGUGAGCCAGUAUUGGAGCCUCAGCAUCAGGAUCUGUCCUUCCAGUGAGCACUUCAGGGCUGAUUCCUGAGAAUGGUACCUAGGUUUGAUCUACUUGCAGUCUGAUGUGACUCUCAGAGUCUGCUUCCAGCACCAUAGUUCAGGAGCAUCGAUUCUUCGGCAAUCAGCCUCUUUAUGGUCCAGCUCACUCCAUACGUCACUACUGGGAAUACCAUAGCUUUAACUAUACGGACCUUCUGAUCGGCAAGUCCUAGGCUCUGUGGUUUAACCCACAGCGCCACCCGCGUCCCCUUUAGUCAGUUACCCAGGAGUAAAUCCCCAUCGAAAUUAAUGGGACUUACUUCUGAGUAGACAUACCUGCAAUGGCUCUUUGGGAGCCAACCUGCACUUCAUGUUUUACAUGUUAUUGAAAACACACAAUUAGGACUUUGCAUUUAUUUGGUAAGAAAGGGGUGGGGAGCCAACCACGUGUGUGUGGGGGAAUGUAAUGUUUGUGUGCCAAAUCUGGAUCCGGGCUGUGCUGCAAAAAAGAGGAGGCGGGGGCAGUUGUUAAAACUUGUUUUCCUGCCCCGCCCCGCUGAAUUUCGCACACAACCCUGACAAAAUUCCUGUUUUCCCAUCAACAAACUACCAGCCAAUUUCACCUUUGAGCGGAGAGCGCAGGAUGGGGUGGGUUAUUUCUGGCAGGAAAAUGGCACGAGGGAAAGGGUUAAAUGUCCCUUAAACCCACAUCACGGUCCCAAUCCGGAUCAGGGGUCUCUCCCUCCCUCCCUCCCUGGGCUACUUGGUGUUAAGGAUUGCGUCCCCGUCGCUUUUAUUAUUAUCAUCAUUAUUUAAGUGGCACAGCUAUUAACACAACACGCAGUUUGGUCCCAUUUCUCUUUCCAAAACGCACACUGGACUGAAGUUUAAUCCCGAUUUGCGGGGACACAGAGGGAUUUCCUCCUGAGUCAACAGCCUUAGGAUCGGCCUGCAAGCGAGUUUGCAAACACACAAGGGUUCAAAAACCCAAGAUGCGCCUCUGCUGCGAGGACGCAUCGCUCCUGUUUUCCGUGCUGCAGCUUUUGGCGCAAUUCGUUUUUCACUGCCACUGAACUUGAAUUUCUUUUAUGAUCUCUGAAACGGGGAUUUUUAGGCCGACAGGGCUUGACUCAGCCUCCUGCUGAUUUCAUAGUCUCUCUCCUCCUCCCCUUCCCCGUCUCCAAGAGUUCAGAUUCUUUGUUUUCAUCGGAAAGUGACGCGUUUCCCCCCUUAGGUCAGGGCGGGGACCUUGGAGGAAGCUGGCCUGCUCUGAGCAGCCUCAUAUGGAAACACUGACUUAGCUGGGAAGGGUGGCCCGGAGGGGCUGGGAAAAGCUUUGAAAAUCUUUGAGCCAGAAACUUUCCAGGCAUGAGAGGAAGAGAGAGAGGGAUACCCGGGCGGAAGUUUAGGGGGAGCAGGAAGGGGGGGGGGAAAUAACUAUGAAGAGGAAUUGAAGAGUAUAUGGGCGAAUCUGCAACUCUCUCAUUUUUCUGUUUCCCAUUUUUUCAGCCAUUAAAUUCAGUUCUCCACAAUGCUUUGCACUUUUUUGAACUUGUGAAAAUCCAUCAACAUCAAAGUGCACAUUUCUCCUAAUGCACACAUCUUCACAUGCGAUUGUGCCCAGCUGACACAUUUGUGUAAAGCAGUCUUUUCCCCUAAUAACAGUGCAUUUCUUCUGGAUGUGGUUUUUCAGCAAUCUAUGAAUUUGGAGGCAUCGAAUUUAUCAUCAUCAUUUUUAAUUUGUAGACCGUCUUUCUGUCUUACAAUACUCAAGGCGGUUUACAAGCUGAAGAAACAAAAAAUGUACAUCUUACAACAAUCUAAUGCGAUACAAAAAUGUGAUAAUAAAACAUAACUUUAAAAUAGGCAACCUACAUCAAAAAGUAACAUUCAACAAUCAUUAGAAUAUUACUAAAUAGUAAUAACAUUUAUGAUCUCUUUGCAAAUGUGCUAGCAGUUUUGUCGCCGCACCACUAGGAGGACGUACUUAGAGCCAUUGCGCUUAUUUCGUGGGAAGCGAGAAUGCCUUAAUAAUGGGGCAGGGCUCAAGUUGUCGCGCAACCAGUGGCGUAGCGUGGGUUGUCAGCACCCGGGGCAAGGCAAGUAAUUUGCGCCCCCUAACCCGUGGAUUUUAGUAGGGGCAGAGAGCUGCGAGUGCCAGCUCGCCCCCCCCAGAUGUUGCGCCCGGUGCGCCCGGCCCCCCCUGCACCCCCCACGCUACGCCACUGCGCGCAACUGCGGUUGUAUUUUUGUUUGUUUGUUAUUUAUUGCAGUUAUAUCCAAUUAAUCACAACACGUGUUAGACUCUCCCAAUUAAAAUCCAGGCAGCAUUUAAUUCUGGUAACUUAUCAAUAAGCAAUCUGCCUGGGGUUUUAAAAGCCACUCAGGGUUGCUUCCCAAAUCAAGAGUACAGUGGUACCUUGGGUUACAUACGCUUCAGGUUACAUACGCUUCAGGUUACAGCCUCCGCUGUAGGGUGCUUCAGGUUAAGAACUUUGCUUCAGGAUGAGAACAGAAAUCGUGCUCCAGCAAUGAGGCAGCAGCGGGAGGCCCCAUUAGCUAAAGUGGUGCUUCAGGUUAAGAACAGUUUCAGGUUAAGAACGGACCUCCGGAACGAAUUAAGUACUUAAUCUGAGGUACCACUGUAUUUCUAAACAUUGCAAGCAGUGCAUUUGAAAUAACAUAGCCAAGGCGCCGAAUUCAUUUGGGCAGUGAUGCUGAAGCAAGCACAAUUCUGCAUGUGCGCCAGAAGGAGCUUCGGGUGUGACUAAUCACAUUUUUGCUUUCGGCCUUCACCAGAGAACUCCAGUAACACAGCCGUCCUCUGUGAUUCACCCCUCAAAUUACGCAUUGCCUGUCCUCCUUCUCAAGACCUGUUUUCUCAUGUGCAACAGCCACACACAAUGAAAACUAUGCUUCUGAUCCCAUGAUGGCUGUUAUUAUCCCAUUAACACAUUGUCUGUCAUUAUGAUGGGCCAGGUUUCAACGUAUCUGCUGGAUGGCAACGACUCCUGUAGGCCGGUAAAGGGAGAAGCCAUGUCCCUCCUGGUGGUGUUAGUAAUACAAAUCCCAUGCUUCUUGUCUGUUGCCCAUUCUGGCUGAGGCUGACAGGGCAGUGUGGAAGGGUCAGGGUAGUUUAGAAGCUGAGGAUCUCCUACCAAGUGUGGCAACAGGGGCAUCAUGGGAAUCAGAGUCCUUCUCAUGCCAGCUGUGGGACUAAGGGCAGAAUAAUAGAAUCAUGAUCACUGCAGAUGGUGACAGCAGUCAUGAAAUUAAAAGACGUCACUGCAGAUGGUGACAGCAGUCACGAAAUUAAAAGACGCCUGCUUCUUGGGAGAAAGGCGAUGAAAAACCUAGACAGCAUCUUAAAAAGCAGAGACAUCACCUUGCCGACAAAGGUCCGUAUAGUUCAAGCUAUGGUUUUCCCAGUAGUGAUGUAUGGAAGUGAGAGCUGGACCAUAAAGAAGGCUGAUCACCGAAGAAUGGAUGCUUUUGGAUUAUGGUGCUGGGGGAGACUCUUGAGAGUCCCAUGGACUGCAAGAAGAUCAGACCUAUCCAUUCUGAAGGAAAUCAGCCCUGAGUGCUCACCGGAAGGACAGAUCGUGAAGCUGAGGUUCCAGUACUUUGGCCACCUCAUGAGAAGAGAAGACUCCCUGGAAAAGACCCUGAUGUUGGGAAAGAUGGAGGGCACAAGGAGAAGGGGACGAGAGAGGACGAGAAGGUUGGAUAGUGUUCUCGAAGCUACCAGCAUGAGUUUGACCAAACUGUGGGAGGCAGUGGAAGACAGGAGUGCAUGGCGUGCUCUGGUCCAUGGGGUCACGAAGAGUCAGACACGACUAAAUGACUAAACAACAACAACAACAAAUAGAAUCAUGGAAUUGCAGAGUUGGAAGGGACCUCCAGAGUCAUCAAGUUCAACCCCCUGCAAUGCAGGAAUCUCAGCCAAAGCAUCCAUGGCAGAUGGCCAUCCAACCUCUGCUUAAAAACCUCCAGGGAAGGAGAGUCCAUAACCUCCUGAAGGAGACUGUUCCACUGUUGAACAUGGUGCCCAUGCAAAGGUGCCCAGAACCGCUAUCCUUCCUAUUGCAACACCUCAGUGUGACUAAGACAACAUUCACACCAAAUGUUCAAAAUACAGUGGCACCUUGGUUCUCAAACUUAAUCCAUUCCGGAAGUCCGUUCCAAAACCAAAGCAUUCCAAAACCAAGGCGCGCUUCCCCUAGAAAGUAAUGCAAAACGGAUUAAUGCCGUUUACCUUCCCGCUGGAGCGGUACCUAUUUAUCUACUUUCACUUUGAUGUGCUUUCGAACUGCUAGGUGGGUAGGAGCAGGGACCGAGCAACGGAAGCUCACCCCGUUGCGAGGAUUCGAACCGCCAACCUUCUGAUCGGCAAGUCCUAGGCUCUGUGGUUUAACCCACAGCGCCACCUGUGUCCAUCUUGGUUUUUACUUUUUGAAAUAUGGCAACCCUAGUUUAAGGUAGCUUCCUAUGCUCCAACAUUCAGAUCAAAGCUGAAUGUGCUGUUGUUUUCAACUGUGCUUUAACUGGAUGUGUCGCAAGCUAUUGGGGGUAGGGGUAGGGGUUGAAGGCAAAAGAAAUGGAUGAGUUGAGGCAACCCCGCCUCAAACUCUCAGCUUGCGUUAAAAGCACAUUGGCACAGAGCUAAAGCAACGACUGCAGAUCUGCCUUGCUGAUUCCUAACGCUUCCACAAGGUGGAACAUUUAGAUUACGAAGCAAGGGCGACGGGUGAAAGAAGCGAAUCGCAGAAGGAUCAUAACUCUAAUCUGGUCAUGUUGCUUUCUAGGAUUAUCACUCAAAUUACUAUCAGCAGGGGCAUUCAGUUGGGGGAAUACAGGUAGCAUAGACUGCUAUUUUUCAGGUGGGAUUUAGUCUCAUUGAAGCAAAUUCAGGUUGUGCAGUUGGAGUGCAUUUGGUGCAACAAACUUGCUUCCCCAAAAACCCAGACUUUGCAGAGCGACACUCCUGCGAGGAAGGCUUGCAGCAUUUGGGACAUAGUUUAGAGAAAAGGUGACUUGGGGAUAGGGAUGAUGGAGGUGUAUACAACCCUAGAAAUCACGGACAUUCAGUGAAGCAGAAUGCUGGAAGAUUCAGGACAGAAAAAAGAAAACAGUUCUUCAUGCAAUGCAGAGUUAAAGGUAAAGGUAAAGGGACCCCUGACCGUUAGGUCCAGUCGCGGACGACUCUGGGGUUGCAGGGCUUAUCUCGCUUUACUGGCCGAGGGAGCCGGCGUACAGCUUCUGGGUCAUGUGGCCAGCAUGACUAAGCCACUUCUGGCAAACCAGAGCAGCGCACGGAAAUGCCGUUUACCUUCCCGCCGGAGUGGUACCUAUUUAUCUACUUGCACUUUGACGUGCUUUCGAACUGCUAGGUUGGCAGGAGCUGGGACCGAGCAACGGGAGCUCAUGCCGUCGCGGGGAUUCGAACCACCAACCUUCUGAUCGGCAAGCCCUAGGCUCUGUGGUUUAGACCACAGCGCCACCCGUGUCCCGCAAUGCAGAGGUAAGGUCUUCUUAGUGUUGUUCAGAAAAGAAAGUGGCAGCGAAAACGCACUGGCAAACGCGACAUAACAAGUGCUGUAUGCAGCAUCUUAUAUUCUCCCCGCAAGUAAGUAAGAAUGAAUGCUCAAUAAACAGCAGGCAUCAUAUAUGUAACCUCCCUGAGAGAUUAGAUGAGUGCUCAGUAAACAGGUCAUCUGGGAAUACAGCCAGAUCCAUACGGCUGCAAUCCUAUACGCCGGAGGUCACCAAUGGGCACGUUUUUGGGACAAUGGUCGCAUUUGGAAUUUUGAGAAAGUGCCGUGGGCACCAGUCACAAAAUGGCUGCCAUGGUACACAACAUGAUUGCUUCUGGGAUGUGUCACACCACAAAACAGCUGCCCUGGCUAAAAGAGGCAGAAUUUCAGGGACUGGGCAGAGGAGAAGAAGAAGAAGAAGAAGAAGAAGAAGAAGAAGAAGAAGAAGAAGAAGAAGAAGAGUUUGGAUUUGAUAUCCCACUUUAUCACUACCCUAAGGAGUCUCAAAAAAGGGACGCAGGUGGCGCUGUGGGUUAAACCACAGAGCCUAGGGCUUGCCGAUCAGAAGGUUGGCGGUUCGAAUCCCCAGGACGGGGUAAGCUCCCGUUGUUCGGUCCCUGCUCCUGCCAACCUAGCAGUUCAAAAGCACGUCAAAGUGCAAGUAGAUAAAUAGGUACCGCUCUGGCAGGAAGGUAAACGACGUUUCCAUGCGCUGCUCUGGUUCGCCAGAAGCGGCUUAGUCAUGCUGGCCACAUGACCCGGAAGCUGUACACCGGCUUCCUCGGCCAAUAAAGCGAGAUGAGCGCCGCAACCCCAGAGUCGGUCACGACUGGACCUAAUGGUCAGGAGUCCCUUUACCUUUACCUUUAAGGAGUCUCAAAGCAGCUAACUUUUCCCUUCCGCUCCCACAACAAACACUCUGUGAGGUGAGUGGGGCUGAGAGACUUCAGAGAAGUGUGACUAGCCCAAGGUCACCCAGCAGCUGCGUGUGGAGAAGCGGGGAAUCGAACCCGGUUCACCAGAUUACAAGUCCAUCGUUCUUAACCACUACACCACACUGGUGUAGUGUGACCGUCUCCCCAUCCUGACCCUUCCAGCAAGGAGGAAGACAGUAUAAAUUUACAACAGGGGUUUGAGGGAGGUCGCAGCUCAGAGGCAGAUGAGGGGAAAAGCUGGGAAAUCUUGGGAGAGCCGGAAUAACACUUGGCUGACACGUUGUCAUUAGAAAGCAUCCCAGACCCUCCAUCUCCCAGAAGCUGGCGAGCCUUGAAAGUAGGAGAGCAAAGAGCUCAAAGACAGAGAGCACAUAGCAGCACCCGUAGAAGUGAUGAAUGAGGAAGUGGGAGAGACGGGGCGUGGAAAUUCACUCGGGACAACGCCAUUAUUCAAGAGGCUGGGUUCUAUAGCCUCUCUCUGUGAAGAUUGAAAUAAAAAAGGACAGUGGUCCUUUAUACAGUGGUACCUCGGCUUACAGACGCUUCAGGUUAUAGAUGCUUCAGGUUACAGACUCCGCUAACCCAGAAAUAGUAUCUUGGGUUAAGAACUUUGCUUCAGGAUGAGAACAGAAAUCCCGUGGCGGUGACAGCGGGAGGCCCCAUUAUCUAAAGUGGUACCUCAGGUUAAGAACAGUUUCAGGUUAAGAACGGACCUCCAGAAUGAAUUAAGUUCUUAACCUGAGGUACUACUGUACUUUCCUGGGCAUCCAUCUGGGAGCCGCUGACAGCAUCCUGACACCAGAAAAUGUUGUGGGAAAGGCUUUCCCCUUUCCUAUCAGCAGCUGGACAAAUGGGGAAACGGCCCCUGUGCCCGCUCACUCACAGAGAGAGGCUUUUGCCUUCUUUCUGGUUAGAAUCACAGAAUUGUCGAAUUGGAAGGGAGGGGUCCCUGAAGAUCAUCCAGCCCAACCCCCUUGCAAUGCAGGAAUAUGCAGCUCUCCCGUACGGAGGGGGUGGUGGUGUAUGCGGGCAGGUUCAAGGGGGCAAGUUCAAUGUAGGAGAAAAGCUGAGCCAGCGCAGACAGGGACUGAGCAGGAACAGCAAGCCGUGUCCCCUCACACAUUGGAUUUUUGAGGGCAACGUCUUCCAAGGCCUUUCAUGGAUGCCAUAGGAGGGACUGGCAGACCCAAAGGCCCCACAUUGGCCACCCCUGCUCUAUGCACAAUUUUUUCUUCUUUUAGAAGCAGGAAACGGCCACAGCCUGUUUACUCUCCCUGUUUCACUUCCACCCCAUAUUUGCUUCCCCAUUUUUGCCACCCUUCACGUCCAGCCUUUCCCACAUCUCUUUUCUGCCCCUCUUCCCCUGUUUUGCUUAGACUCCUUUCCUUGUUCUCCUCCAUUAGGGGGGCCUUCUACACACAGAGCAACUGCACUGCUACCCUGUUUCAACAAGGAGUCUGGCGAAGGAAAGCACCCUCCUUAUUUCAGUCUUCUCUUUUGGGUAGAGUUCAGGGCAAACCUGUUCCCACCAUUUGUAGCAGAGGCCAGAUUUGCAUGGGGCAGAUUGACUAGGCUUUGUGUCACUCAUGGAUUCACCUCCUGCCCCCUUUUAAUUGUUAUAAAAAGCAUGUCUGUCUGUCUGUUUGUCUGUCUGUCUAUCUACAGUGGUACCUCGGGUUAAGGACUUAAUUUGUUCCAGAGAUCCAUACUUAACCUGAAACUGUUCUUAACCUGAAGCACCACUUUAGCUAAUGGGGCCUCCCGCUGCUGCCGCGCCGCUGCAGCCCGAUUUCUGUUCUCAUCCUGAAGCAAAGUUCUUAACCUGAAGCACUAUUUCUGGGUUAGCGGAGUCUGUAAUCUGAAGCGUAUGUAACCUGAAGCGUAUGUAACCCAUCUAUCUAUCAUCAUCUGUCUAUCUAUCUAUCUAUCUAUCUAUCUAUCUAUCUAUCUAUCAUAGGGCUGCCAUACGUCCAGGCUAGAAAAUGUCCAGGAAAACCCAUGGCAAGCCGUUUCGGAAGUGUUGGGGGUGGGUUUUUUGGCAAAUUUCCUAAAAGAUAGCUGAAAAACUUCUCUCUUUUUUGGGGGGGGGGAGAUUUUGCAAAAAGAAGCUCAACAACUCCCUCCCCCUGCAAAGAAAAAAGCCCAACAACUUUGCCCUCCCCCCAAUAAAAGCUCAACAGCUUUGCCAAGAAAAUCUCAACUUUUUAAAAUGUGGCAACCCUAAUCUACCACACUGGAAAAACAUAAUAAGAAACACUUGGAAAACAUUGUACACUGGUAUCUCUGGUUAAGAACUUAAUUCAUUCUGGAGGUCCAUUCUUAACCUGAAACCGUUCUUAACCUGAGGUACCACUUUAGCUAACGGGGCCUCCUGCUGCCGCCGCUGUGCGAUUUCUGUUCUCAUCCUGAAGCAAAGUUCUUAACCCGAGGUACUACUUCCGGGUUAGCAGAGACUGUAACCUGAAGUUUGUAACCCGAGGUACCACUGUAGUGUCUCUGAAACAUGCAGGGAGGGCUGACAACCCACAAUAAUUCAUAAUCCACUUUGUGUUCUUGAACAGGGAAUAUGAUGCGAGCAGAUCUCACCCCUCUGAGGAAAAACAUAAUAAUGAAAGCCCGAACCCACACCUGUGGGCAGCCUUUAAGAAUAUACUGGAGAUCAGCCUCCAGCAGUACAAAACGUUCUGUUAAAAAAAGGAAAGGGCUGAGGUUAUAUCAGUGAGUCUUUUUCCCGUUAAAGUUAAGUAAUUGCUGACCGAGUCACUGACACUACAGGUCCUCUGAUUUUUCAGAAAGUUAUUCACCUGAGUUCCUCAGCGAGGUGACUUGGCAUGAGGUAAAGAGAGGAGGAUUAGGCCCUUAGUGUACGCAGGGAACAUUUUCAUAUCCACUUAAGUGCACAUGUGCUACAUCAUAUGAUCUCUGUGUAACGUGGAAUGUCAGCAGGAAGAAUGCUGAGACAUCAAAAUGGCAUAUUAUGUUACCCGUUCACACCCCAACGAAUGCUAAGUCAUACUCCUGCCAACCUAGCAGUUUGAAAGCACAUCAAAGUGCAAGUAGAUAAAUAGGUACCUCUCCAGCGGGAAGGUAAACGGCAUUUCCCUGUGCUGCUCUGGUUCGCCAGAAGCGGCUUAGUCAUGCUGGCCACAUGACCCGGAAGCUGUACGCCGGCUCCCUCGGCCAAUAAAGCGAGAUGAGUGCCGCAACCCCAGAGUUGUCCGCGACUGGACCUAACGAUCAGGGGUCCCUUUACCUUUCAGUAAGCAAAAAUGUAUAGAACGAGUACAAAUACCUGCUGGAAAUGUAAAAAAAAGAAGAAGGUAACUUUUGCCACAUGUGGUGAUAGUGUAAGGUAAUAAAAGCUUUCUGGAAGAUGAUAUAUAAUGAAAUGAAAAAAAAAAUGUUUAAAAUAACUUUUGUUAAAAAACCAGAAGCUUUUCUAUUAGGAAUUAUAGGUACAGACGUUCCAAAGGAGCAUAAAAGAUUUUUUAUGUAUGCGACAACAGCUGCACGGGAUGGAAAGAAGCCCAGGGAUGGAAAGAAGAAAGAGUCCCUACCAGAGAGGAAUGGCAAACUAAGCAGAUAGACUACAGUGGUGCCUCGCAAGACGAAAAUAAUCCGUUCCGCCAGUCUCUUCGUCUAGCGGUUUUUCGUCUUGCGAAGCAACCCUGUUAGCGGCUUAGCGGAUUAGUGCUAUUAGCGGUUUAGCUGAUUAGCGCUAUUAAAGGCUUAGCGGCUUAGCGGCUAAAAGGCUAUUAGCGGGUUAGCGGCUUAGAAAAAGGGGGGGGAAAGGCGAAAAAAAAUCGGAACACCCGCAAGACGUUUUCGUCUUGCGAAGCAAGCCCAUAGGGAAAUUCGUCUUGCGAAGCAGCUCAAAAACGGAAAACCCUUUCGUCUAGCGGGUUUUCCGUCUUGCGAGGCAUUCGUCUUGCGGGGCACCACUGUACAUUGAAAUGGCAAAGCUGACUAGAAAGCUGAGGAAUUGAGGGCAAAAAUUUUAAAAAAGAAUGGGGAAAAAUUAUAAUUUACCUAGGAGGCCACUGCAAGCAGAUGGAAACAUUAGCAGGAUUUUAAUCUCACUUGUCAUGCAACAUAUAUUAUGGACAAUAUGGACUGAUAUAAAAUAUAGAUUAUAGAAUAAUAUGCAGUUGUAAAUGUUGACAAUAGGACCCAUGGAGGGGGUGGGGGGGAGUUUUGAGAUUCAGAGUACAGUGGUACCUCGGGUUAAGAACUGAAUUUGUUCUGGAGGUCUGUUCAGAACCUGAAACUGUUCUUAACCUGAGGUACCACUUUAGCUAAUUUAUGGAAGGUACAGCUAUCAAUAUUAGGGACGCGGGUGGCGCUGUGGGUUAAACCACAGAGCCUAGGGCUUGCCGAUCAGAAGGUUGGCGGUUCGAAUCCCCGCAACAGGGUGAGCUCCUGUUGCUCGAUCCCUGCUCCUGCCCAUCUAGCAGUUCGAAAGCACGGCAAAGUGCAAGUAGAUAAAUAGGUACCACUCUGGUGGGAAGGCAAACGGCGUUUCUGUGCGCUGCUCUGGUUCGCCAGAAGCAGUGUAGUCAUGCUGGCCACAUGACCCGGAAGCUGUACGCUGGCUCCCUCGGCCAAUAAAGCGAGAUGAGUGCCGCAACCCCAGAGUCAGUCACGACUGGACCUAACGGUCAGGGGUACCUUUACCUUUACCUUUUACAGCUAUCAAUGGUUACUGACCACAAUGCCUUCAUGGUCAGAGGUAGUAAUGGUUCUAAAUUCCAGUUUCUGGAAGGGAGAGAGCUCUUCUGCUCAGGUUCUGCUUCUGGGUUUCCUACAGGCAUCUGGUUGGUCACUGUGAGAACAGGAUUUUGGACUAGAUGAGCCAUUGGCCUGAUCCAGCAGGCUCUUCUUUAUGUUCUUAAUUUGUCAGUGUUGUAUCAGUACUGAGCCUAAGUUCCAGAGCAUCGGUUAUUAAAGGCCGCCACUGCUGCUUUGGGUUUAAUCAGGGAGUUAUUAUGAGGCAAGGGUUUUUCAAACUGUGCUGGGGAGCCCUGGAUUCUUCAACGGCAGCCUUCCCAAACUUGGUGCUCUCCCUCAAGGUGUUUUGCACUACAACUCCCAUCAGCCCCAACCAGAAUGGCCCCAUGAGCCACAGCUAGGGAUAUCAUAGAAUCAUAGAAUCAUAGAGUUGGAAGAGACCACAAGGGCCAUUGAGUCCAACCCCCUGCCAAGCAGGAAACACCAUCAGAGCACUCCUGACAUAUGGUUGUCAAGCCUCUGCUUAAAGACCUCCAAAGAAGGAGACUCCACCACACUCCUUGGCAGCAAAUUCCACUGUCGAACAGCUCAUACUGUCAGGAAGUUCUUCCUAAUGUUUAGGUGGAAUCUUCUUUCUUGUAGUUUGGAUCCAUUGCUCCGUGUCCGCUUCUCUGGAGCAGCAGAAAACAACCUUUCUCCCUCCUCUAUGUGACAUCCUUUUAUAUAUUUGAACAUGGCUAUCAUAUCACCCCUUAACCUCCUCUUCUCCAGGCUAAACAUGCCCAGCUCCCUUAGCCGUUCCUCAUAAGGCAUCGUUUCCAGGCCUUUGACCAUUUUGGUCAAAGGUCCUCUGGACACGUUCCAGUUUGUCAGUGUCCUUCUUGAACUGUGGUGCCCAGAACUGGACACAGUACUCCAGGUGAGGUCUGACCAGAGCAGAAUACAGUGGCACUAUUACUUCCCUUGAUCUAGAUGCUAUACUCCUAUUGAUGCAGCCCAGAAUUGCAUUGGCUUUUUUAGCUGCCGCGGUUUCCGUUCCAUCCUGGAUGGGUCACAAUCAGCUCUGUUUUCGUUCUGCUGCAGUUCGGCUUCUGUGAAAUACAUCAUCCGUGUCCCUGUCCACUAUAGCUGAAACCUACUUAAUAAAUUUUAUUUCAGUUGAAGGGAAACAUAAUAAAGAAUGCAGGAAAAAACACAAUAAUUUACAUUAGCAGACUAACGAAAGGAUAGCAAAUACUGCUCUAGUUAUCUCCCGCUUGGACUACUGCAACACGCUCUAGUGGGGCUACCUUUGAAGGUGACCCGGAAACUGCAAUUAAUCCAGAAUGCAGCAGCUAGACUGGUGACUGGGAGUGGCCGCUGGGACCACAUAACACUGGUCCUGAGAGAUCUGCAUUGGCUCCCAGUACGUUUCCGAGCACAAUUCAAAGUGUUGGUGCUGACCUUUCAAGCCCUAAACGGACUCGGUCCUGUAUGCCUGAGGGAGCGUCUCCACCCCCAUCAUUCAGCCCGGACACUGAGGUCCAGCGCUGAGGGCCUUCUGGCGGUUCCUUCAUUGCGAGAAGUGAGGUUACAGGGAACCAGACAGAGGGCCUUCUCAGUAGUGGCACCCACCCUGUGGAACACCCUCCCUUCAGAUGUGAAGGAAAUAAGCAGCUAUCCUAUCUUUAAAAGACAUCUGAAGACAGCCCUGUUCAGGGCAGUUUUUAAUAUUUAACGCUGUACUGUUUUUAACACUUGAUUGGAAGCUGCCCAGAGUGGCUGGGGAAACUCAGCUAGAUGGGCGGGGUAUAAAUAAUAAAUUUUAAUUAUUAUUAUAUUAUUAUUGUUCAAGAUCGCUUGUGUGAUUUCUGUUCCCGACCUCGGACGGACGUGCGAAUUGCGGGAAAUACUGCUCCCAUCCCCGAUAGAAUUAUGCAACACCUUUACCCACAGCCCCACAGCUUUUGCAAGAGAAUUUCCCCAGGCAAAGUAAUUUUCAUUCCCCUUGCAAAACCUGUACUGCUUGUCACUAUUCUAUUUUUUAAAUAAAUAAAUAAAUAAAUAAAUAAACAACCCCACAUCCUGUAUGAGAAGUUCGAAUGUCGGUGAACAUUCCGUGACCUCAGAGCAGUUUGGCCAAUAGGGAAAUGGGUCUUGAAGACAGGAAGGCACAGGCAACCUUUUAUAGCCUAAUUACAUGUGAGAGGCAUUAAAGGAGACAAAACAGUUGGGCACUGAGGAGAAAGGAGGAGAAGAAGGGAAAAGAAAAGACAAUGCCAUAAAUGCCCUUCCAGUGCUAUGUCACAUGCCAGGCAAUCAAGUUUUAAUUGCUGGGGAACUUUGUCCCUCCCUUGCCUGGGGAUUGGAGCAACACAAGUGCAGUGUAACUCAGUCUGUUGCAUCCUCCUGUGCUGGCCUGACUAGUGCAAGAGAACAGCGAUUGCCUCACGUCGCACUCCUUCGUUUGAAGCCAGCCUCCUCCUGUGUUUCUGUUUCGGCUGUUGCCGGAGUGUCUUUUGCGCCAGUUGUUUAACCACAAGGACUUUGCGGCAGCCCCAGGGUGACCAGGGAGCCGGCUGGGCUGGGGACUGACUCCCCAAUGCUUGUCCUUGCCUCUCUCUGGGGCCAUGCAGUGUUUCCGAAGGCAGCCCAAGCUCAGCAAAUCCCAGGAAAACCUCUUGCUGGAAGAGAGCAGGAAAGUGGCAGCUCUGAAUGGGAAGAGACUGGGUAAGGGGCUGGUGUCUCAGCCAAAUAAAUGCCUCCUUAGGCUCCUGGCAGCUCUCUGACAGCAGUGGCGGAUGUUUGAAUCUCUGCCGCACCUUUAAAGUAAACCAAAGUUGUUUCUGUGCCUUUUUAAACGUGUGUGUUUAUAUAUAUAUCCAGUUCAGCACUUAUUGAAGAUCUACCCUUUCCAAGUAUUAUUUUUAUCAAAAAGUGGAGAUCUUCUUUAUCUCAAUCUGUAGCUCGAUUGGAUUUAAAAAACGGGUUUUUUAAAAUCGUAGAUACAUGCGUUUUAAAAACAGUCCAUCACUUUGAGAUGUGUUCAUAGGAAGUGAUUUAUAAUCUACGUGUCUAUGCAAUUUCUCCGCUUCAAUCUACUUGAUGCAGUGGAGGUUUUUGUUAUGUUUUGGGCCAAAUAAUGCUUGGAGAAACGUUAUUUUGAGAAUAACAUUUUGAGAAACUGCUUGGAUCCUUUUGUUAUUGUUUUUAAGGAAAUGCUCCCCCCAACGAGUUUCCCGCGGUCUGCCUGUGGUAGUUUAUUGAUUGCAAUGUUGUUGUUGUUGUGUUGGUGGUUGUUAUCACGACUACUGCAAAACUCAGCGUCUCAUCUACUGCUCUGAAAUACUGUAAACUGAAAAAGAAAGAAACAGGAACUUUGUUUCCUUCUCUCCCGUGUUGUUGUGGCUUCAGUAAAUGGCUCUUGCAAGGGGCUGUAACACUAAGGCUCCAGACUUAGCCAUAUACUGUAUUAAAAGAAUUGUGGCUCUUAGAAUGAUAAGAGCUCAAAGGAGCCCUCCAAAGGUCAUCUGGCCCAACCCCAUUGAUGGGUAGCCGUUCAGUUGUUGCUGCUGCUGCUGCUGGUUUAUACAGAAUUAUCAAUGCGCACGAUGCUUCAUAAGGAACUAAAUACAUGAAUAAGUUGACGCAAGCAGGCCAGUGCCCCAAGAAGCUUGCAGUCUAUGUUUUGAUGGUAAGGAAAACGGCACAGAGAUGGUUUCUAGAAAGUCCAGGGAUGAGCUCAGAUUGUGCCUCUUCCAUGGAACAGUUGGGGUGUCAUUUCCAGGAAUAAGCAGCACUCAGAUUUUAUAGGGGGCAAGAAGUGGUCUGUUCCCUAUGGUUACUGUAUUUAAGGGACUCUGGUGUGUGUGAAUAUGUGGGUGGGUUCCAAGGAAGGCUCCUUUAUAUAUUCCCCCCACCUCUGGCAAAAAUAAUUUGGGAAGGAUGAAAUGGGGAGGAAGAGGACCGCGUAUGCCACCUUGAGCUCCUUGAAGGAAAAGGUGGAAUUGAAAUGCAAUAAAUAAAAUUUAUAAAGGAAAAAUAAACCUAGGUCUAGUUCUCAAUGCAGAAGUAUAACCACCUGUAUCACUGGGAUAUACUAUACUAUAGAUGGUGACUCAAAUACCUGAAUGUUCUCUCCCUCUUUGCUUUGGGCUAUGAAACGAAAGAUUGGCCUCUAGGGCUCAUUCUUGGGUCUUCUCGGCUGGAUCCUAGUUUUCUAAGGUGGAGAAAAUCUUGAAGCAAACCUGAUCAAACCCAGGCUAGUGCCUUCUUCUGUGGCAGUGAUGCUGGUGAAAAAAAGAGAGAUUUCUCCCCUGAUAACUGCUUCCACUCAGUUCUACCCGGGAAACAUUUUUGGCAGAGUGAAAAGUCUCUUGUUGUUUUUUUUUGGAGCCUUGGGUUAUAACUUUUGGAAGGCCACCGUGGCAGAUAAAAUCACUUGCACCCAUUUAAACUUGAACUCCUGAAAAAAUGCAGUUCAGCGGCAGGCUGUUCCUGCAAUAACUUAUUUGUCAUAAUUGCUCAGAUGAGCUAUGACCCUUCCUCGCUUGACCCUUGCUCCUGGCAGCUUCUAUAAAUCUGCCUGUCUGGUUGCAAGAAUGGGCUAAUGCCUCUUUAAGAGUGAAGGGGUGGUCCCCCAUUUGAAGGAAGUGGUGGAGAGUCCACUCCUGAAGUGCUCUCAAGUGUGUGGUGAUAGUUCACCUCCGCACAUCCCUGGCUGACUUCUGUGAUGUAGACGCUUUUGGUCCAUUUUGGGAACUAAAACUACCUUGGUUGCUCUGGCUGAGGACUUUUUUUCUGGGAGAGAGACAGGAGGAGUGUGACUCUGUUUUGUUUUGUUUCUAAGAUAAAUUUAAAAGGUUUACUUACAUUUCAAUGCAGGCAGCAAAUUCAUCAAAGUCAUAUGCAGGCAAAAAUACUUCUAUGUUACAAAAUACAAAAUCACCGUAUUUUUCGCUCUAUAAGACGCACCAGACCACAAGACGCACCUAGUUUUUGGAGGAGGAAAACAAGAAAAAAAAUAUUCUGAAUCCCAGAAGCCAGAACAGCAAGAGGGAUCGCUGCGCAGCGAAAGCAGCAAUCCCUCUUGCUUUUCUGGCUUCUGGGAUAGCUGCAUAGCCUGCAUUUGCUCCAUAAGACGCACACACAUUUCCCCUUACUUUUUAGGAAGGAAAAAGUGAGUCUUAUAGAGCAAAAAAUAUGGUAGUUUCCAAAAUGGAGUCUGGGUUCUGAGCUGAGCCCAGGCAUGGACAUCUGCUCACAUUGCUGGCUUGAAAGAAGAGAGCCAGUGUGACUCUGCUGAUUUUGGUAAACCUCUUGUCUAGGGAUGGGAUUUAUUGAACAUCUGAAUGUUGAGCUUAUUUGCACAGAUUUCCCUCCCUAAUUCCGUGCCUUGCUCCUUAGUCUCAAAGUGAGAAUCAAGGUUUCCCCCUGCCCCAACUCUCCGGUUCUACUGAAAAUGCAAAAAAAUAAUAAUAAUCUAGCAAAUUAUAUGCAUUAUUUCAGGAAUAGGCAAACUCAGCCCUCCAGAUGUUUUGGGACUACAAUUCCCAUCAUCCCUGACCACUGGUCCUGUUAGCUAGGGAUCAUGGGAGUUUUAGUCCCAAAACAUCUGGAGGGCCGAGUUUGCCGAUGCCUGCAUUAUUUUAUGUAUAUACUUUGCCCUGUGCGUCCCAGGUUUCCUAAAGUAACCAUCACAUAACUAGAUAUAGUCAUCGAUAAAUAUAUUAAAAAACAUAUGCAUUAUUUAUAAAUUUAUGCUGUGGAAGUAUGUUACAGCAUGGGACUUGAUUUCUUUUGCAUAUUAUUAUUAGCUGAACUUAUAUGCAUGAAUGACUCAGACAUCAGACAAUAUAAGAGACGUCAGAUACAAGCAAAGCUCAAUUGGGUUGGAACCGCCACCAAAUUCUGUGUAUAAAUCCAUUUAAAAUAGAUCCCUCUUCCAUUCUAAUGACUUAACUGUUGUUGCUGCUAUUGAUAACGGUGUUGUCCUGAAUUUCCCUUUGAGAUUAGAUAUAAGAGACCCUUCUCCAUGUUUCAUCUUCUGGAGAAGUGGGAGCUGCCUUGGUAGUGGCGCCGUGAGAAAUGCUCUCUGAAAGCAGUUAGGUCUGGUUCUGACACUGUAUUCCUCACCCGUAUAUUCCUCUUUUUGCCCAGACAUUUUAUAUUGGGGUGGAAAGAAGGUAGAUCUCUGGGUGAUUUGCAGUGUGGUGUAGUGGUUAAGAGCGGUGGACUCGUAAUCUGGUGCACCGGGUUCGAUUCCCUGCUCCACAUGCAGCUGCUGGGUGACCUUGGGCUAGUCACACUUCUCUGAAGUCUCUCAGCCCCACUCACCUCACAGAGUGUUUGUUGUAGGGGAGGAAGGGAAAGGAGAAUGUUAGCUGCUUUGAGACUCCUUUGGGUAGUGAUAAAGCGGGAUAUCAAAUCCAAACUCCUCCUCCUCCUCCUCCUCCUCCUCUUCUUCUUCUUCAGGAAUCAGCAAUGAUUUCUGGGGUGCUUACAGAUGGUUGUUCUUUGGUAGGAGGAAAUCAUUUGCAACAAACCCAUUUCCCAUCCCCAAAUCAGGACUUCCUGUGGUAAGGAAAGCUAUGGGAAAGUCCACUCGAAAAAGUGGGAUAACGCUUCCUUGCCACAUCUAUUGUAUAACCUCCCUGCAAACAAACCAGGAUGAAUGCUCAGUAAUAGGUGAUGUCAUCUGACUUCCCCAUAAGCUUUGUGCAAGCAGAGGAGGAUGAAUACUAGGCAGACAGGCCACCUGGAAGCAACCUGAUACCCAAUUGUUUAACAAUUGAAGCAACAAUAUGACUCCUCUCGCCCUAAAUUAUAUUGCUGAAAUAAAUAGUGCUGGCAGGGGAACCAGGAAUGGGGUUCUCUGUAUGAGCGCCAUUCCUUUCUGUUGAUCGGAACAAACGCCUGGUUGUUUGCAAUAGGCAAUGGAUGGGGAAUCUAGCAAAAACUCCACCAUCGUUGCAGGAGAUCCCAUAAGCCUGAAGUGUUCCCAGCUCUGUUUUAGAUAAUAAUAAUAAUAAUAAUAAUAAUAAUAAUAAUAAUAAUUUAUUAUUUAUACCCCGCCCAUCUGGCUGGGCUUCCCCGGCCACUCUGGGCGGCUUCCAAAAGAAUAUUAAAAUACUAUAAUACAUCAAACAUUAAAAGCUUCCCGAAACAGGGCUGCCUUCAGAUGUCUUCUAAAAGCCUGGUAGUUGUUGUUCUCUUUGACAUCUGGUGGGAGGGUGUUCCACAGGGAAGGCGCCACUACCGAGAAGGCCCUCUGCCUGGUUCACUGUAACUUGGCUUCUCGCAGUGAGGGAACCGCCAGAAGGCCCUUGGUGCUGGACCUCAGUGUCCGGGUAGAACGAUGGGGGUGGAGACGCUCCUUCAGAUAUACUGGACCAAGUAUGAUGUUUUGAGCUGGAUGUAUGGCUUCACCAGACCUUCCAAGUAUCCCUAUUUUCCAGGGACUGUCCCUGAUUUACAGAAGCCGUCCCGGUUUAUGAUCUGAUCCCAGAAUGUCCUGCUUUUACUUAGGAAGUCCCUGUUUUCACAGGAGAAAUGUUGGAGGGCAUGGAGUUAUGUGACCGCCGAGCCGUUUGCAGGCAAUCCUGAAUAGGGAAGGUUCUUUUAAUGUUCAAUAAUAUGUUUUUAUAUAUGUUGGAAGCUGCCCAGCAUGGCUUGGACAGCUCAGUCAGAUGGGUGGGAUAUUAUUAUUAUUAUUAUUUGAAUAGGCUGUCCCUAUUUUCAUCAGAGCAAUGUUGGGAGGGCAUGGUUUCAUUCCUCUACGCUUUGCUUAUUUAUUUAUGAAGGAUAUUUACAGCAGAAUCGAGCCAAAGUUUACGUUACUGAUUAAUCAAAGAGCCAAGGAUCUUGUCAACUGUCUCAAAGGCAUGGAUUGUUUAGGAACAACAAGUUCAAUGAUAAUAAAUUAUUAUUAUUAUUAUUAUUAUUAUUAUUAUGCCCAACCUUAUGCUGCUUCCAACCUGCAGCAAUAGCAUUUCUUUAUGCUCUUUUAUCUUUGCUUUAUUUUGUUUAAUAAAAUAAAAAUAAAAAUGGGUUAUUAGCAGCAGGGGCCCAUUAAUAACAAGACACCUAUCACCAAUGGUUGAUAGAGUUUGGGGCAGUUCCUACAUAGUUCAUAGUAGCAUCUCAUCAGUGCUGUUUGUUAUAUUCUUUGUUUAUGUUAUUUUAAUGACAAUAUAUUAUUGUUAUUAAAAUAUAUGACCUAUCCUUCACCCUAAGGUCUCAGUGUGGGUUGCAACAAUAACCAUUAAUAUUAAAGCACAAUAUUAAAACAAAUUUGAACAACUUGUAAUUUUAAAUUUCUUUGUAUCCUUUUUGAAUGGAGGGUGGUCAGCGCAUUUAAAAAAACGAAUAAAUGGCUGGCUGAUCCAGUGUUUCUGCUCCUGUUUGACGGCUCAGUUGCAGAAGGAGCGCUGGGGAAUUUAUUCCUCUCAGGAUGACAGGAUCUGUCCUCUUCUCUAAGCUACUUAACACCUGCAAGCAGUGGCGUAGCCUGGGGGGUGCAGGGGGGGCCGGCCGCACCGGGCGCAACAUCUGGGGGGGGCGCGCUCGCACUCGCAGCUCUCUGCCCCUACCUGGCUCACUCACUCUCUCUCACUGCAGUGCUGGCUGUGCGAAUCCGAUCUGAGCCGCUGGGUCGCCGCCCACUGUGGAGGGGGUGGGUGCCAGGCGUGCGGUGCGGAGAGAGAGCGAGGGGCUAUCUGGAGGAGGGACAGUGCAGCGGCCGCCCAGCGCAGCGCUGAGCGCGGGAGAGAACCACACCAGACCAGCCCAGGCAGCAGCAAGAAGAAGCUGGCAGCGGCGGCAGGUUAGGGGUUAGGGGGCGCAAAUUACUUGCCUUGCCCCGGGUGCUGACAACCCACGCUAUGCCGCUGCCUGCAAGUUUGGGCUGCUUUGUCAUCGCUAUGCAGAUGACACCCAGCUCUACCUGUCUUUUUCAUCUAGCCCAGGUGAGGUAGUGGGUGUUCUGAACAGGUAUCUUGGCUGAGUCAUUCAGAUGGCUGAUUUCACCACCUGCAGCCUAAGGGAUGCAGCCUCUUCCUAAAGUUUGGUUUUGAGCUUCCGUAAAGCAAAAGGUUUGUGUAUUCUGCCAUUUUGACUGUAGAAAGACCAGCACGCAGAGAACGGAGAUUGUCACACAUGCUAAUAGCAGUCUGGCCAGUGUAUCUGAAGGAGCGUCUCCAUCCUCAUUGUCCAGCCCGGACACUGAGGUCCAGCUCCGAGAGCCUUCUGGUGGUUCCCUCCCUGCGAGAAGUGAGGUUACAGGGAACCAGGCAGAGGGCCUUCUCGGUGGUGGCACCCACUCUGUGGAACGCCCUCCCAUCAGAUGUCAAGGAAAUAAACAACUAUCUGACUUUUAGAAGACAUCUGAAGGCAGCCCUGUACAGUGGUACCCUGGGUUACAUGCGCUUCAGGUUACAGACUGCGCUAACCCAGAAAUAGUACCUCGGGUUAAAAACUUUGCUUCAGGAUGAGAACAGAAAUCGGGCUCUGGCAGCGCGACAGCAGCAGGAGGCCCCAUUAGUUAAAGUUGUACUUCAGGUUAAGAACAGUUUCAGGUUAAGAACAGACCUCCAGAAUGAAUUUACUUAACUCGAGGUACCACUGUAUAGGGAAGUUUUUAAUGACUGAUGUUUUAAUAUAUUUUUACUCUUUUGUUGGAAGCUGCCUAGGGUGGCCUGGGAAACCCAGCCAGAUGGGUGGGGUAUAAAUAAAUUAUUAUUAUUAUUAUUAUUAUUAUUAUUAUUAUGGCAAUAGUGACGCAGCAGCUUGUGAGUUGCAUGGCGCAGGGACUGUUCAUACAGUGAACACCUGCUUUCCCCCCUCCAUUGAUUAUUAUUAUUAUUUUGUGGUCUUGAUUGCUGUGAUCUUCUCACUCAGCCAUUUCUCUUUCUCUUUUGCCUUUCCCCUCUUAGAGCAGGGAGCUGGAAGGAUAUUUGUGGUGCUGUUCCAAAACUGCCUGGAGAACACAUUUUCCCCAGUCCUUUCCUGCUGGGGACCAAGAGCACUUCAUUGGCUCUGGUCUGGACUUCUCCCUGACAUGUUACUUAUCUGUCUGCAGGGAUUCCCAGCAGCCCUUAUGGUUAAUCACCCGGGCUAGGUUUGCACGGUCAGACAAACCAUAGUUAGGGUCAACAAACCGUGGUUUGCAUUCUGUGCAAACUGGGUCAAUUUCUUUGCUUCACGAGGCUCUCUCUGUUUAAACUGGCCGCGGGGUGAAGUUAUUUGAAAAGUCGCCAUACGGAAGAGAGAGCAGGAGCUACUGCGUUGUAGUUUAUAGGAAGCAGAUGAGCAGAGAUGGAAUGGAAAGCAGAACUUGGGGUUAGCCUACGUGCAUAGCUAGACAAAAACUGAAAGUCCAGUUCACCGAUUUAGUUUUGACCCGGGAUCCAGCGACUUCAUUUAUAGGAAGGACAAUUUGCGUGCAAAUAAGGGCACUUUCAGGUGGGUGAGUGUUGUGGGAUCAUUGCUUCUCACGCACGCACGUAACAUCACUGGCGUCCAACUGCUUGCCUGUGUUACUUUUCCUGUUUAGUGGGAGUUGUUGUCUGAAACAUCUGGAGGGCACCAGGUUGACAAAGGCUGGAUUCACAGAAGAGAAUUCCAUCAGGGUCUACUAGCAAUGAUGGCUCAGUAGAACGUCUAUGUUGAGAGGCAGUCUGGCCCCGAGUGCCGGUGUCACGGUCCGGGUUACAGGCAGUCAGAGUCCUGGCUUGGUACAGUGGUACCUCGGGUUAAGAACUUAAUUCGUUCUGGAGGUCAGUUCUUAACCUGAAACUGUUCUUAACCUGAGGUACCACUUUAGCUAAUGGGGCCUCCCGCUGCCGCCAUGCGAUUUCUGUUCUCAUCCUGAAGCAAAGUUCUUAACCCGAGGUACUAUUUCUGGGAUAGCGGAGUCUGUAACAUGAAGCGUCUGUAACCCGAGGUACCACUGUACGUCGGGACCGGGGUAGAGGUCAGGAAACAGGAAUCAGCAGUCCAGGGGUCAGGAAGCCAAGAGUCCACGAAUCAGGAAACCAGGAGUCAGGAAGCCAAGGGUCCGAGGGUCAGGAUACCAGGAGUCAUGAAGACAAAGCACAGCUAGGUGGGUAGUGUGUUGCUGUGGCAAAUACCCAGAGGAAAUGCUGGUCUUAUAUACCCCUCCUGGCCCUUGCCACCAGGUGCUACCAGUCUUCUGUCAAGCUUCACCUGUGUGGGCCUUGCCCUUCCGGGCCAAACUCAGGAAGGCCCCAGUCCUGCGAGGCCCUACCGGUCACAGGGCCUGGCUCCUGCACGCACUCCUGACAGCGGUUGCUGGGAAUUGAUGCCAAUCGAUGGGAAUCGCAAGUGGGGAGUGGGCUGCUUCACUCAGCUCCUCUAGCUGGGCUUCUCAUAAUGGGCACCUGGUUGAACACUGAGGGGAAUAGGGCGCUAGACUAGGUGGGCUUUGACCAGUCCCUGAAAGUUCCUUGCACGGACCAAUCCCUCUUUCCAGAGUCCUUUGGGAAUUUCAGCUUUGCGAGGAGAAUAGGGGUCUCGUAACGACUCUGGGCAGGUUCCCAGGAUCCUUUGUGGGGAGACACGAUGGUUCAAAGCGGUACAUGCUGUUUCCAAAGUAAGGUGCAAAUGUGGCCAUAGUCGCGCUGGUUUCUGCCGUGCCUGUUUUGCUCAUCUUGCAUCACAGAAGAUGUACCGGCUGUAAUUAUAGCUCUUCACGUGCCCUGAGUGACACAUGCAGGCACUGCUGUCUUAGCAGCAGCUUAACUCUGAGAAAGCGCCAUUUAAAUUGCAAUAAGAGGAGGUUGGGCGCAGAGGCAAAUUCCUGUUGCGUUUGGCAGAUGGUCUGAAUUCCUUCUGUGUGCAUUACAGGAAUGAUGUACCUGCUCCUUCUCUGUGUCACAGUGAUGCGAAACCACAUCACCAUACUGUGUGACGAGAAGGGGUUUAGUAAUGGAUGCACCACAUGACAGGGCAUUCCACUUCAUCAGGUACAGGUGUGGGGAUCUCAUGGCUCCCCAGGUGUGGUUGGACUCCAGUUCCCAUCAGCCCCAAUGGCCAGGGAUGAUGGGAGUUGUAGUCCAACAACAUCUGGAGCAACACUGAUUUAUUUAGUCUGGCAGUUAUAUCCAACCCCAAAAUUGUUGAGUUUUUUAAAGGAAACCCUCCAAAUUGUUGAGCUUCUUUAAGGAAAACCCAAAAGUUGUUGAGCUCCCCCCCAACACCAUUAAUAUUAUUAUUAUUAUUUUAUUUUAUUUCGACACUCCAGCCACUACAUCUCACUGGCUGGUUCUCCUCUCUUCUCCCUUAUAGAUUCCAAGCUGGUUUCUUCUACCUGAUCUUGGAGAGUAAAUUGGAAUGUUAUCAGCACAGGUCAAAGAGUCACUCAUUAAAAAAAAGCACAAAUUGGGAGGGUGUCUGUUUCUUUGGCAGGCAUAUCUAGCACUCAGUCCCAUUUAAUUAUUCAAAACAAUAGUCACUUGACAUGUGGAAUCUGAGAGUCAGUCAUCGGUGGGGGUGAAUGCAAGGAAUAAGCCAUCAAGUAUGGUAUAAAACCGGGGUCAGCAAACUUUUUCAGCAGGGGGCCGGUCCACUGUUCCUCAGACCUUGUGGGGGGGCAGACUAUAUUUUUUUGGGGGGGAAUGAACGAAUUCCUAUGCCCCACAAAUAACCCAGAGGUACAUUUUAAAUAAAAGGACACAUUCUACUCAUGUAGAAACACGCUGAUUCCCGGACCGUCUGCAGGCCGGAUUUAGAAGGCGAUUGAGCCAGGUCCGGCCCCCGGGCCUUCGUUUGCCUACCCAUGGUAUAAAACAGGGGUAGGCAACCUAAGGCCCGUGGGCCAGAUACGGCCUAAUCACCUUCUCAAUCCGGCCUGCAGACGGUCCGGGAAUCAGCGUGUUUUUAAAUGAGUAGAAUGUGUCCUUUUAUUUAAACUGCAUCUAUGGAUUAUUUGUGGGGCAUAGGAAUUCGUUCAUUCCCCCCCCCAAAAAAAAAUAGUCCGGCCCACCACAUGGUCUAAGGGACAGUGGACCCACAGCUGGAAAAGGUUGCUGACCCCUGGUAUAAAAUCUCUGGGUGGGGAGUGAGGGAGACCUCCCAUCCAUCAUCAACCAAGAAAACUCAGUAGAGCAUGAGAUUCCUAACUCUGGUUCAAGGUUGGACAAAAGUUUCCUGCGUUGCAGGGGGUUGGACUAGAUGACCCUGGUGGUGCCUUCCAGCUCUUAUGAUUUUGUGAUCUCUAAAUGGCACCCUGGAAUAGCCUUUUUGCUUUAGGCCAAAUAUGGUAGUCAACACCCCGGAAUUGCUACCACUGUUCUAAUUGUCCACUAGCCGUGGCUGCUAGUCAUGAGGAUAGCUUUGUAAUGAUUCCAGAUGUUCUACCCCUGGACACUUGUCAUGGGAUUCCCAUCAGUGCCUGGGCACCGUGAGAUUCAGGAUGCUGGGUGAGAUGGGCCUUGGGUCAGAUCCACCAGAAUGCCUGCUUAGGUUCUUACGGGUGCCUCAAGGACAGCUAAAGGCCAGUAGCAUCAGGGAUUAUGUGCAUGUUGUUGUUGUUUAGUCAUUUAGUCGCGUCCAACUCUUCGUGACCUCAUGGACCAGAGCAUGCCAGGCACUCCUGUCUUCCACUGCCUCCCGCAGUUUGGUCAAACUCCCCCUGGUAGCUUCGAGAACUCUGUCCAACCAUCUUGUCCUUUGUCAUCCCCUUCUCCUUGUGCCCUCCAUCUUUCCCAACAUCAGGAUCUUUUCCAGGGAGUCUUCUCAGGGAUUAUGUGCAUACAAUGGUCCAAAAGAGUCUUGUGCACAACGAGAACAUUGGAUGCUACCUUUUACCAAGCGCCAUCUAGCUCCUUGUUGUCUACAUCAACUGGCGAUGGCUCUGUAGGGUUUCAGACAGGGGGCACUCCGACCCCUACCUGGAGAUGCUGGGGAUUGAACCCAGGACCUCCUGAGUGCAACGCAGGUUCUGUACCACUGAGCUAUGGCCCUUCCCACUAAUUAUCCUACCUUUCUGGUGCCCCCUAGGUCUGCAAGAUGACAAGGACCUCAAGUUUCUCCUGCGUGGAGGCCACCUGCUGAAGGUCAAGUCCAACUCCUGGAGGAGAGAGAGGUUCUACAAACUCCAGGAAGACUGCAAGACCAUCUGGCAGGAGUCCAAGAAGAUGCUGAGGUCUCCUGAAUCGCAGCUCUGUAAGUCUGCGUCCAUCUUUAAUGCAGUACGUUCCGCCUAUGAACAAAACAUAGUUAGGGGCUGGUUCCUGGAUGGGUGGGGCAAGAAGAACUCAGGUAAGCCCCCUCCUCUGUCAGUAGAUCCCUUUGGACUGCACUGUUACAUCACCCCAAGCAGCAGUGUUUGGCUGUGAGUCCAGCUACCAUUUUAAUUUCCCACAAUGCCAGGCGGGCAGCUGACUACGCCAUACAUACACCAAAAAAGAGAGGAUGAAAUCGGGCACAGAUGUGCCUCUAAUUUGCACUUGCUAGUUUAGAUGUGCAGCUGCUGCCUUGCAGGAUAUCUUCGGUAGAAGAAAAAGCUAAAGCGUAAACCCUGCACAAAUCCAGAGUGGAGUCCCUAAGAUGGUUGGAUGGUGCCUUGUACACCUCCUUCUGGCAACCCCUGCAGCCAAGCUGGUGCCAAACAUAUUACUCUGCUUUCCUUUGAACCACACCAGCCACACCAAGAGGGGGAUCUUGUUAUCUGGGCAGCCCAGGACCUCCAUACACACUGCCCAGACUUCUGCCCUGGGGAGGUCACUUCGGUACUGCAAACACAGUGGUUUUGCUUCACCCCCAGAGGCGCACUCCAUUGUCUCUCAAGACAUAUGGAUGCCCACAUAUGGAUAAUAUAUCCUCUUUACUGUGCAUUUAGGGACGCAGGUGGCGCUGUGGGUUAAACCACAGAGCCUAGGGCUUGCCGAUCGGAAGGUCUGUGGUUCGAAUCCCCGCGACGGGGUGAGCUCCCGUUGCUCGGUCCCUGCUCCUGCCAACCUAGCAGUUUGGAAGCACGUCAAAGUGCAAGUAGAUAAAUAGGUACCGCUCUGGCAGGAAGGUAAACGGCGUUUCCGUGCGCUGCUCUGGUUCUCCAGAAGCGGCUUAGUCCUGCUGGCCACAUGACCCAGAAGCUGAACUCUGGCUCCCUCAGCCAUUAAAGCGAGAUGAGUGCCGCAACCCCAGAGUCGGCCGCGACUGGACCUAAUGGUCAGGGGUCCCUUUACCUUUACUUUACUGUGCAUUUACUGUAUGAUUUUGGCUCUUGAUGGAGCAGUUAUUUGUAAUCCCUCUUUCGGGGUGGUCACGCUGCUUGGUUUCCAACCAGUGCACAUCCUAUAGCUUCCUGCUGAAAUCCUGCAGUUUUCGGGAUGUGGGGGUUUGCUGUUUUUGUUGCACUGCAGUGCAAGACUUGGGGUGCGGGUGGCGCUGUGGUCUAAACCACUGAGCCUCUUGGGCUUGCUGAUCAGAAGGUUGGCAGUUCGAAUCCCCAUGACGAGGUGAGCUCCUGUUGCUCUGUCCCAGCUCCUGCCAACCUAGCAGUUCGAAAGCACACCAGUUCAAGUAGAUAAAUAGGUACCACUGAAGCGGGAAGGUAAACAGCAUUUCUGUGAGCUCUGGUUUCUGUCACGGUGUUCUGUUGUGCCGGAAGCGGUUUAGUCAUGCUGGCUACCCAGAAAGCUGUCUGUGGAGAAACGCCAGCUCCCUCAGCCUGAAAGCAAGAUGAGUGCCGCAACCCCAUAGUCGCCUUUGACUGGAUUUAACCGUCCAGGGGUCCUUGACCUUGACCUAACCUAGUGCAAGAGUGCCCUGUUAUGGCAACGAUGCCGUAACAUUUGGGAAGCAUCGCCAAACAACUAAUAAAGCAGGUAAAUGUGGGGACAGUCCAGUAUAAACCCAUCAUGAAUGCGCAAGUACAGUGGUACCUCGGGUUAAGUACUUAAUUCGUUCCAGAGGUCCGUACUUAACCUGAAACUGUUCUUAACCUGAAGCACCACUUUAGCUAAUGGGGCCUCCUGCUGCUACUGCGCCGCCGGAGCACGAUUUCAGUUCUCAUCCUGAAGCAAAGUUCUUAACCUGAAGCACUGUUUCUGGGUUAGCGGAGUCUGUAACCUGAACCAUACGUAACCCGAGGUACCACUGUAUUUCAUCAGUGACACAAUGCCCAAUACACCUGCAAAAUGACACCUGUCUGGAGCAGCCCUGAGCCCACGACGAACUGCCACACAGAAGUGCCCUGCAUCUUAAGAAAUAUCAGCAGAGUCUUGGCUACCUUUCCAGUUAACACCCAGUUCCCUCUGCUCGUUUAGUGCCCAGCCUUGAAGCGAAAACAAAGUCCUAGAUAACAUCUAGCUGCUAAAAGCAAAUAAGGGUGUGUGUGUGUAUGUGUGGGACUUUGGAAAGGAAACCAACCUUAAUAUAUCUUCUGUUGCAAGAAACAGGAAUCCGACACAUACAGUACAUGAAAGGCUUUCUUGAGUCCGACCUAAACUGGAUUUUCAAGUAUUCUGUGGAAUUGCUUGUGCUUGGAAUUGUUUCUGCUUGUUUGCUAUUUCGAAGUCCUGGCCAAAGUUAGGUGCACCAAGGCAGGGGAGGGCUUCCUGAGAAGCAAAUUCCCACAUAAUGUUACAGUGCAAAUGCAGGUUUCUUAGUCUAAAAAUAAAUCGUGAUUCACAGUCAAAGUGUAAGGAUUCCAGCUCUCCUUUACUUCAAAAGAAAGUUUUUUUUUCUCCCUCUUCAAAAUAGUUCUGUAUUUCAAGUUGCUAGUUCCCACUGCUCCCUGGGAAAGAUCACAUAGGAAGCUUAUAUUGCAUCAAACGAAUGAACCAUCUAUCCCUGUAUAGGGAAGUUGUUUUUUAAUGUUUUAUGUUUUAUUAUGUGUUUAUAUAUGCUGGAAGCCACCCAGAGUAGCUGGGGCAACCCAGUCAGAUGGGCAAAGUGCAUAUAAUAAAAUUCUUCUUCUUCUUCUUCUUCUUCUUCUUCUUCUCCUCCUCCUCCUCCUCCUCCUCCUCCUCCUCCUCCUCCUCUCAGUGUUGUCUACACUGACUGCCAGCAGCUCUCUAAAGUUUCAGGCAGGGAAUGAUAAUAAGGAUUUAUUCCAUUCAGGCUCCUAAUCUGUGCACCAGUCUCGUGAUUAUGUAUGCUGUAAAAGCAUCUCAAAGGUAUUUGUUUAAUAUCUGCAGCUCGCUUUAACUUGAUCCAUCAAAGCUCUCAGAAGAUACUGUAUAUCCAAAAGACUUUUUGAUUACUUGGCAUAUAAAACAUGUUUGGAAACCUCAGUGAGUUUCACAUGUUUGCAGCCUCAGCAAAACAGAUGCAUAUGUUCCAACUACCAGGAACAAUCUUUAUUUGGCUAUCCUUGGUAAAUUCUCUAAUUUGCUCCCAUGCUUGCCUUUUACAUUUUAUUCAUAGAAGUGGGGCCUGCAGAAAAAUGUGCCUAAAGGCCCUUUAAAGCCAGUGCUCCUGUUUCGGGGGGGGGGGGCAGCCAGCCAUGCCCACCUCCACAACACUCCAUUGCUUUCCCCCUCCCUACUAAAGAUGGAUUUCAUUUUGUUCAGAGUCCUCAACAGCAUUUUGGUGCAAAUUUUGGCUAAUAUAUUCAUCUUUGUAUGCAAUUUUGCCUAAUAUAUUCAUCUUUGUAUGCAAUUUUGCCUAAUGAACACAUUGCUACAAAGCAAUUUCCCCCAAUGUAAUACUAUAUUGUAUGUUAUUUUCACUAAUCUAUGAAUUCUUGGGACACGGGUGGCGCUGUGGGUUAAACCACAGAGCCUAGGACUCGCCGAUCACAAGGUUGGCAGUUCAAAUCCCCGCAACAGGGUGAGCUCCCAUUGCUCAGUCCCUUCUCCUGCCAACCUAGCAGUUCGAAAGCACGCCAAAGUGCAAGUAGAUAAAUAGGUACUGCUCCGGCGGGAAGGUAAACGGCAUUUCCGUGCGCUGCUCUGGUUCACCAGAAGCGGCUUAGUCAUGCUGGCCACAUGACCCGGAAGCUGUACGCCGGCUCCCUCGGCCAAUAAAGCGAGAUGAGCGCCGCAGCCCCAGAGUCAGUCACGACUGGACCUAACGGUCAGGGGUCCCUUUACCUUUCCCUAUGAAUUCUUGGGCACAUUUUCCCCAAGUAUACACAUUACUUGGCUGGAAAGUGACAUUGCACUGUGAAUUUUGACGGACGGAUGGGUUUCAGUCAUCAUACUGUUUUGCAAAGUGCAAAUUAAAUGACCUGAAUCAAGUUCCUCCCCCAUCCCUUUCCUCCACCCAUUUCCCCAUUUUUGCAUUCUCCAUAUCUGCUUAAUUGCCUCCACAGUUUCCUUGCUAACUUUCUUGAUAGAUUCCCAAUUGACUUCCUUUUUUAAAAAACAAAAGCGAACAACCUGGGUCUCCUGCUGAGGGCAGAAUGACUAUGAAGAUGAACUAGAAAACAUACAAUUUCCUACCCCAAAUGAACUUAAUUCACCUUUCGUUUACUUGGCAAUUAUGGGAACUACUGUCAGGUGUCAUUCAGCUUUUUUCUUUUAACUUGUUUAGUGAGCUUUGUUCAACUGAACUAAUUCAUGCCAGGCACUGGGAUGCAUUGUAGAUCCUGCAGUGAGCAAGAGGGGUUGGGCUAGAAAACCUCUUAUGGUCCCUUCCAGCUCUAUGUGUCUGCAGUGAGGGUGUCAUAGGCUAGGAGGUAUAGCAACGCAAAGUUGCCCUUGGGAUGGUACAAGUUUUCAUCCGGGAAGUGCUGGAGAGCAGGAGGACGCCCAAAGAAUGAUUUUCACACUUGACAGGAUAAGGAAAAUGUCGGGCACAAAAUCAGCCUGAUUAAAGCUGUGCAGAAUGUCCUGGCUAGCUUGGCGGGAGCAGCAGUCAAGUUUAAUUCAUUAGAUGCAGAGAAAACAAUGGAUUAUGUCUGGCUGCUGUUUUUUUAUCAUACCCAGGAAUCCACAGUGUGUGCGUAGAGCUAAGGGCGCACUGGAAAUAGCCAGCGGUCUGUUACAGGCAGGGAGAUCUGACUUGGGCAAAAGACAAGUUGGACCCUUUUGUGUACACCACAUAAAGCUGUGUGGGUGUCCCGCCCUGUGUGGACAGUGAGCAGCAGCAACCUUUCCCCGUGGCACUGCAAGGUAGCUUCCCUGCUGAUGUUUGCGUGGACAGGCGGAGUCCCCCAGACCCUGGGCGGCCCCCCCCCGUCAUGUGGAAUAAUGACUCAAGAUAACGUGCUAUGGGAUUAAAUUGGCCACAACUUUAUUAUAUUUCAGAUGUGGGUAGACCUUGGCUCAGGCAUUGGGUGCUUAUCCCUCCUAGUCCCCAGCCGGAGACCUAGGGAACAUCAGGGUUAUCCAGUGUGUGUGUAGGGGAUGGGCCGGCUCUGGAGAACAUAUGUUCAAGCAGAGAUAGCCACCCCCGUUAUGCUGCCGUCGCAGGGGAGAGCAAUGAUGAUUGCUCUGUAUUCUGCUCUGGUCAGACCUCACCUGGAGUACUGUGUCCAGUUCUGGGCACCACAGUUCAAGAAGGACACUGACAAACUGGAAAGUGUCCAGAGGAGGGCAACCAAAAUGGUCAAAGGCCUGGAAACGAUGCCUUAUGAGGAACGGCUAAGGGAGCUGGGAACGUUUAGCCUGGAGAAGAGGAGGUUAAGGGGUGAUAUGAUAGCCAUGUUCAAAUAUAUAAAAGGAUGUCACAUAGAGGAGGGAGAAAGGUUGUUUUCUGCUGCUCCAGAGAAGCGGACACGGAGCAAUGGAUCCAAACUACAAGAAAGAAGAUUCCACCUAAACAUUAGGAAGAACUUCCUGACAGUAAGAGCUGUUCAACAGUGGAAUUUGCUGCCAAGGAGUGUGGUGGAGUCUCCUUCUUUGGAGGUCUUUAAGCAGAGGCUUGACAACCAUAUGUCGGGAGUGCUCUGAUGGUGUUUCCUGCUUGGCAGGGGGUUGGACUCGAUGGCCCUUGUGGUCUCUUCCAACUCUAUGAUUCUAUGAUUCUAUAAUGAUGACCUCUUGGUGUACGGUCAAAGCCUCCCCUCAGGAACCCCUUUAACGGGGAACCCUGGUAUCCCCGCUGCAAAGAGGGAAGAUAGACUAAAGGAUUCCACCCAAGGCCUGAUACCACCAAAGUUGUGACGUUUAGCUAUGGGAAAGGCAAAAUCUGCCAAUGCAGUGGAAUUCCUUUCCGGCCCUGUAACAGCAACCUUGACGUAGCAGCGCCUGCAUACCUGUGAAGAAAAGUUAACCUGCAAAAUGAGACUUAACUGAGGGUGGGUAGGGUGGGAGAAGCUCUGGAGCCAAGUGAGGAUUCCCAGGUAAGAUCCUCCCUCUAUAGUGUGGGCAGGUAGUCCCUCCCCUACCUGGCCUCGUCUCCUUGCCAACGCUUCCCCCAGGCGGGAUUGGACAACUGACUGAGGUAGGCGGAGACCUCCAGGUAUCCCACCUGGGGGAAGGCGAAGCCAAGCCUGUGCUGAUGGAGCCACUUCAGAUCCAGGGGCUGCACGCGUCCACACAAAGGGCACCCCCUGUUUUAUGCGGGGAGCGGUCAUUGCACAAAAAGGGGCCAUGGCAAAAAUGCAGGGCAAGUCUAAGACUCCAUCCCAGGCAAAGUACGUCAAACCAAAGCCCCAGGAGGUAGCUUCUUUCCCCUAGUGCCCUUCUGGAGACUUCUUAUCUGCACCGACAGACUGUCACUAUCAUAGUGGAUGAAAGGUUUCUUUUGUAGGAAAACUUGUUUUUUUAUAAAGAAAAAGCUCUUAUCCAGUUUGCUUCUCGAUUCCUCCGUCCACUUGCUGAGGAAGUGGCUGAGAGAGAUUAAUUUGUGGGCUAGAUAACAGCUCUGAGGUUUGAGCUAUCCAUGUCGCCAUCGGAGUGGCAGACCUAACAGAUAUCUCUGAAUGGGAAAGCGAUUGUGGGGAUGGGCUGCCCAUUGAAAUAACACGCACAGACAUUCUGGUUUUUAGCAUGUUCUUAUCAGCGCUGCCACAUCCAUUAACGGGGGAACAGAGACGUUAAGUGGCUCUCUUCAAAUCAGGACUGCGGAGGUGGGAAAGUAUUUGGCCUUCGUAACGUCUCACGCUCAAGAAUAAAAUCUGUUUUUAGGCAAACGGCCUGCCCCAGAUCUGAAAUUUAUUGUAAUCGAUGCAACCCCUGUUUAAGUUUUACAUUGUUUUAAAGAACAACUGUCACAACAAUUGUAAGAAUGUAAGAAGUGGCUAGGGACGAGGGUGGCGCUGUGGGUUAAACCACAGAGCCUAGGACUUGACGAUCAGAAGGCUGGCCAUUUGAAUCCCCGUGACGGGGUGAGCUCCCGUUGCUCGGUCCCUGCUCCUGUUUGAAAGGACGUCAAAGUGCAAGUAGAUAAAUAGGUACCGCUCUGGCGGGAAGGUAAACGGCGUUUCCGUGCGCUGCUCCGGUUCGCCAGAAGCGGCUUAGUCAUGCUGGCCACAUGACCUGGAAGCUGUACACCGGCUCCCUCGGCCAAUAAAGCGAGAUGAGCGCCACAACCCCAGAGUCGGACACGACUGGACCUAAUGGUCAGGGGUCCCUUUACCUUUAAGAAGUGGCUACCUGACCCAACAGCCAGGUUCUUGGGUUCCCAUGUACCGGUACCCUGGGCAUUGAUAGAACUUUGGCCCAAAACUUUGUGAGAACCUUUGAGCAGGCUGCUUGUUCAUUCCUGCGGGGAAAUGUUUUUCUGCUUGGGGAGUCUGCAGAGUGCAAAGCGGCCCUUGCUUACAGAAGUGAAUGUGUCUGGGAGAGCAGCCAUCAGCCAUUCUUCGCUCAGCGCUUGACAACCCUGUUUCCCAAAAACCAUUUGCUGAUGGAAGCAUGUUAUGCCAAGCUCAAGUGAUCUGUGAAUGCAGGACCCGUCUGCCUGCUGAGCUUUCUGAUCACUGGCAUUUAUCAACGCCACUCAGUCCUGCCUAGCAAAGCCUUUCUCUGUUUCAAAUGCCACCCUGCCAUGACAAGGUCUGUUAGCUGUUUCGACUGCCGGUUCAAAUUCAGAGGGGGGGUGGGAAACUCAAUAGCUGGAGCAAGAACAGAAAUAUCAUUGACAGGAGGGAGCCAGCAGUAAAUCACACUGUGCAAGGUAGAGUUAACUCUUCAUUAGCAAGAACAGGAUCUGCACAGACUUGGUGGAGUGUCGGGCCCAAUGAGCACAGGAACAUAUCCUUGGUAGGUCUUGGCCCAUGGAUCAGUUGCUGAGACUAGAGGUUCUUGCCUCCCCACAGCCGGCUAUGUCUCUUCCUUUCCCCAAGCAAUCAGACACUGUGCCUGUGUGCCUGUCUUUGCUGUUCCCACUUCAUGCCUCUUCUGGUUCUGGGAGAUCAGGGGAGAGUGGAGCUUGUCACAGCAGGAGGAGGAGACACUUGUGAGUCUUCACCAGCUGAACUCAUCUCUUCAUCCUCUUGGCCUCCUUCUCUCCUGCUUCAGCUUCUGCCUCUGAUUCUGGACUUCUCUCUGCCUCAGACUCUCCCUGCUCACUAAACCCUGUUACCUCUUCAGUUUCCGACACUUCCUCCUUCCCUUCUUCUUCCUCUGACCACUCAUCAUCGUCCCACCACCAAUCCCUGGGCUCUGUACCCUCUUCAUUGGGGGUUCCCCAGCAGAUCCCUCCCACUGUUCCUCUGUGUCCAGGCAGUCCAUGGCAGACAGAACUGCUAAGUAUCUACAGUAUAAAUGUCUAUAAGCACACAAGGAUGGUGGCUGGCUGCUGCAAAGGCUGGUGGAUUAGGAUGAAUGGGGCACUGCUCCACCAACCUCAGCCAGCCCCCACCUGCCCACCUUCUUCCUUGCAACCAAUCUAAGGGGCUGAAAGUCGCUGUCCGCUUUCUCUUUCCUGAGUCUCACUGCUGCCCUUAUGGAACUCAGCAGGGAAGAAGAGGAUGGGGAUUAAACUAGGAUUAGUUGGCUCCACCUAGCGUAGGCUCAGGCUCCGCCCAGCAUUCACUCUGGCUCCACCUACCAGAGUAAGCCCCGCCCCUGCAAGUUCCAGGUUGACAGGCCUGUGAAUCGGAAGGUCACUUGUUCCCUGUAAAGUGGGGCAGGUGUGUGCGAGUGUGGUUUAAACCACAAAAGGGGCAAAUAGGUGGUUAAACAUGGAACCCCUCUUCCCAGGGAACUCUGGGAAUCGUAGCUCUGUGAGGGGAAUAGGGGCUGUCCCUUCAGACCCUUUCGUUCUCCAAACUUUCAUUAGGCAUUAUUACAGUCGUACUUUGGUUCUCAAACAGAAUGCGUUCCGGGAGUCUGUUUGACUUCCGGAACUGUUUGAAAACCAAGACACGGCUUCUGAUUGGCUACAGGAGCGUCUAGUUUCCGGGAUUUAGAGAAGACCAGAUUUUUUGUCUUCUCCUAAGUUAUAGAGAGUUUGUUAAUUUCACAGUAAGAAAACAAGGAGAGUAGAAGACAAUUCAAACCUAUCCUUCUCAAUGAUAAUAAGGUCGCAUCAUCCGCAUACAGUAAAAGUGGGACCGGGUUUUGGUUGAUUUUGGGGGCAUGUGAUUCUAUUUUUUUUGGAUGUGCUCUGGAAGAUCUGAUCCAAAAUAUAUUAGAGAGAAAGGGGGCAAGAAACCUUUAGCACUCUUCACAAACUACGUUUCCCAGGAUGCUUUGGGAGAAGCCAAGUGGUGUGACACUGCUUUAAAUGUAGAGGCUGGAUAUGGCCUCAGAAAGGUCCAAUGGGUAUUUUCCCUUUGUCCUUAUAUGCCAGCCUUUCUCAACUUGGUGUCCUUCAUAUGAUUCAGACUACAACUCCCAUCAGGCUGGGGCUGAUGGGAGUUGUAGUCCAAAACAACUGAAGGGCACCAGGUUGGGAAAGGCUGACUGGGGUGAAGCCAGCCCCUUUCCAAUCCAGGGAGGUCAGAAGAACACCAGAACUGGUGGUUUCCCCUCACUGAAUCUUUUCACACAGAAGGAUGACUGAUAAGGGUCUCCCUUUAGGCUUUACAAGUUGCCUGUGGAGAAAAGAUCCUUUUGCGGUUUCUAUCUCAUCUCAGCUGCCCACAUAUAUCUUAGGAGUCAUUGUAGGCCUGUGGUUUAGUGAGAUAAUGCGCUGUAGUCUGCACUGUAGUCUUAUCUCCCUCACUGCAGCCGGCUGUUACAAAUCAUGCUGUGAUUUUUGAGGGGCAUUGUUACUUUGGUCUCGUGAACAAAUGCUUCAUACGUCUCGCUAAAGCGUGGGAUUCACCGCUGAGAGGUGUGGUGAUAAAAGACAGUACUUCUUUGUGCAGCGCACAAUUAAACUCUGGAGCCGGCUGCCUCGGGAGGCAGCGAGGGCCACCAAUUUGGAAGUCUUUAAAAAGAGGAUUGGACGAAUUCAUGGAGGAGAAGGCUAAAAUGGCGGAGGCAGCAAAGCUUCUGAAUUCCAGAUGCUGGAAACCACAGGAGUGGAGAGUGCUCUUAUGCUCAUGUCCAGCUAUGGGACUUAACAAUGGGGCAUUUGUUUGGAAAAUGCAAAAACAGGAUGCUAGGUGGGCCAUUAGCCUGAUCUAGCGGGGUUUUUUUCCGGCCUACAUGUGCAAAUUUCGUGCCAAUAAGGGCCUCUCUUUGUACAUUUCGUAGGAAUCUGCCUUACAUUCCGUGAGACUAACUGUCCACCUAGGCCAACAUUGCCUACUCCCAACUGGCAGCGGCUCUUCACGGCCUCAGCCAGAAGUCUUUCCCAUCACCAGGGGCAUAGGAAGGUGGGUGCGGGGUGUGUGGCCUGCCCUGGAUGUCACCCUGACGGGGUUGACAAAAUGGCAGGUGGCACUCACUGCAGGGCCUGCAGCAAGCCCGAGCUGUGCGUCUUGGGCGCCCGCAGGCUCUGCACUGUCCGCCCACUGCCUCCCCCCCAGCUGCUGGGCAGCUGAGGCCCCGCGGCGUCUCUCGUCCCUACGGGUGCCCACGCACCCCAUGCCGUCCCUCCCGAAGGGCGCCGCAUGCCCUGUCUCAUUCCUAUGGGUGCCACACGUCCCAUCCCGUCUCUCCCUAUGGGCACUGUGCCUCUCAUCCCUAUGGGUACUGUGUGCCCUGUGCUGUCCUUAUGGGCACCACGCGUCCUGUCCCUGUGGGUGCUGUGCCCCCCGGCCGUCCCUAUGGGUGGUUCGCCCCAAGUGCCCGAGAGGCUUCCUCUGCCACUGCCCCUCACCUUUGUACAUGACCCCUCUAGCAGGAGAUGCCAGGAUUCGAACCUGUGACUUCUGUGCACAAAGUGUGUGCUCAAUCAGCAAUCUAUGAUUUCCCUCCAAAAGAGAUCCCUUCACUGAAUGGUGAAGAAGGGCAUGUGUGAUUGUCCUCACACUAAAGCAGGCUUCCUCAACCUUGAUCCUCCAGAUGUUUUUGGCCAACAACUCCUAUGACCCCUAGCUAGCAGGACCAGUGGUCAGGGAUGCUGGGAAUUGUAGUCUCAAAACAUCUGGAGGACCGAGGUUGAGGAAGCCUGCACUAAAGCUUUUAUCCUACACGGGGCUAGCUCAGGCUGUGUACACAUUACUGCUCACUCUGACUCCAGUGCAUUCCCGCUUCUGGUGUUUGAAGCCGAACACAUACGACGUUCGCCGUAUGCGUUCUGAAGGCUCUUGAGAAAUACGGCUGUUUGAUUUGUUUUCGCUCAAACCAGCUUCCGAUGCAAAUCUGAGGUGGGCUGAGCUGAGGUGUGUACACUUGUGACAGCUGUUGCACAUGCCCAGAUGACAACUCCAUGGAAUAGGAGUUGUGGGGUUGCAAGAAAUCAGGUACUGCACAAUGGGCGAUGACAUCCUUGCCUCUUCUCUGGCAUUUACAGCAACGUAAAAGCAAUGUGGGACACGGGUGGCACUGUGACCUAAACCACAGAGCCUAGGGCUUGCCGAUCAGAAGGUCAGCAGUUCGAAUCCCCGCGACGGGGUGAGCUCCCAUUGUUCGGUCCCAGCUCCUGCCCACCUAGCAGUUCGAAAGCACGUCAAAAGUGCAAGUAGAAUAAUAGGUACCACUCCGGCGGGAAGGUAAACGGCGUUUCCGUGUGCUGCUCUGGUUCGCCAGUAGCGGCUUAGUUAUGCUGGCCACAUGACCCGGAAGCUGUCUGCGGACAAACGCCGGCUCCCUCGGCCUAUAGAGCGAGAUGAGCACGCAACCCCAGAGUCGUCUGCGACUGGACCUAACAGUCAGGGGUACCUUUACCUUCACCUUUAAAAGCACGACUUGAAAACCAGGGGCGAGGGGAAUGAUUUCGCUGCAUUUUAAACCUCUAAUGCUCAACUAAACCUAGUCGUUUUGUACGGCGUUGCUUGUGCUAGCCAGUUGACCCCCUUUCUCUGAAAUGUCUUCUUCUAGCUCUAGGAACCACAGUGUGCAUCUCACAUGCACCCCACACUUCUAGCUCAUAUGAGAAGCAGAAGUGUGAAAACAGGUCUAUAGGGAGCCGUCCUCUGCUUCCUUGUGGGAACACAUGUCGGCUUGUUUUCAAACUGCAAUGAGGAACCCAAACCGGUUCCAGACGCUCACUGUUUUGCAGGUUGGGGACUCAGUGGCGCACCAGCGGCUUUAGUUCACGCACUUAAAGUGGGUUUCGUUCUCUGAAAAGCCCCCCUUUUGUGGCAAGGAAAGUGAGAUGAAAGUCCACCGGAAAGUGCGAGAUAACAAUUGCUUUACAGGCAAUUGUAGAACCACCUUACAAACAAAUCAGAAUGACUGAUGAAUAAAUAACCAGUCCAUUCCACGCAACCUGUUCCCUCAGCAUUCAUCAUGAUUUGUUUGCAAAAGUUUUCAGGGAAGUUAUAUGGCACCGGCUGUUUAUGCAGCACUCAUUCUGAUUUGUAGGAAGGGAGGCUGUGCCAAGCAAACAUUAUCCUGAACUUUCCCAUCACCAAAGUCCUGAUUUGUUGAGUGGCAAGUGUGUUUUUAACCCUACAGCUGUGGUGCAAUGAGUCAGUGUGUCUGGCUAUUAACCAGAAGGUUGGUGGUUCGAGCCCAAUUAAAGGGGAUACUCUGUAUCUUUUGUUUAAUCCCUUACAUCUCCUUUUACUUUAUUAUAAUUUUUUGGGUCUUAAUAGAGAGGUGCUAGAACCUUUCUGUGGGUUAAACCACAGAGCCUAGGACUUGCUGAUCAGAAGGUUGGCGGUUCGAAUCCCCGUGACGGGGUGAGCUCCCAUUGCUCGGUCCCUGCUCCUGCCAACCUAGCAGUUCGAAAGCACGUCAAAGUGCAAGUAGAUAAAUAGGUACAGCUCUGGUGGGAAGGUAAACGGCGUUUCCGCGCGCUGCUCUGGUUCGCCAGAAGAGGCUUAGUCAUGCUGGCCACAUGACCCGGAAGCUGUACGCUGGCGAGAUGAGCGCCGCAACCCCAGAGUUGUCCGCGACUGGACCUAAUGGUCAGGGGUACCUUUAGAACCUUUUUAAAAAGCAGGUACUUGGGUUAAGACAGUGUGGGAAAAGAGCGAAUCGGAGCGCUGGCAAAGUUGCUUUGUUCCUCUGCAAAAUGUAGAUAAGGCUAGGCUCUUAGCUCACUCUUGAUAAUAAAAAAGUGACCUGUUUGUUCCUGCAGUUUCCAUCGAGGAUAUCCAAGACGUCAGGGCAGGCCACAGGACGGAAGGGAUGGAAAGAUACUGCAAGGAUGUACCUGAGCAUCGCUGCUUUUCUAUCAUCUUCAAAGACCACAGGAAGAACUUGGACCUCAUAGCUGGCUCUGAAGCCGAUGCCAAUCACUGGGUGGCAGGCCUAGCCAAGAUCAUCGCCAAGAGCAACUCCAUGAGCCAGCGGCAGAAAUUACAACAGUAUCCUUUUGUUUCCUUCCAGAAUUAUUAUCACUAGCACGCAUUUGUUUAUUGGAUUUAUAUCCAGCUGUAACCUGAGGGCCCCAUUCUCUUCAAGGUAACCUUUUUUUGGGGGGGGCAGGGACACACCUGCUGGUGGUGGGUGGGGCCAGGAACAAAAUGGGUGGAGCGUCUAAUGCAAAUGCUCCCUUUGUACAGAAGACUAGUUUCUACACAGAGUCACACAACCCUCUGUGGCCUCCAUCAGGGAAGCAAGAGGAGUUUUCAGAGUCCAAGGAGACAUUACGGCCAGGCACAAACACUCAAGGAAGGUGUGAGGCAGGGCAAGUAGGGGGUGUGGCCUGAGGAGAGGAGGAGGAGGAGUAGUAGUAGUAGUAAUUUAUUACUCUGGGCUGCUCCCAACAGAAUAUUGAAAGCACACUAAAGCAUCAAACAUUAAAAACCUUCUGAUACAGGGCUGCCUUCAGAUGUUGUCUUCAGAUGUUGUCUUAACAUAAAGCAGCACUUUAGCUAAUGGGGCCUCCUGCUGCUGUUGCGCAGCCGCUGCGCGAUUUCUGUUCUCAUCCUGAAGCAAAGUUCUUAACCCGAGGUAAUAUUUCUGGGUUAGUGGAGUCUGUAACCUGAAGCGUAUGUAAUCUGAAGUGUAUGUAACCUGAGGUACCACUGUACAAGUUAAAAUUUUCAAUCAUUACAGUGGUACCUUGGUUUACGAACUUAAUCCGUUCUGGAAGUCCGUUCUUAAACCGAAACUGUUCUUAAAGCGAGGCACACUUUCCCUAAUGAGGCCUCCCGCUGCUGGUGCCCUUCCACCAUUCAGAUUCUGUUCUUAGACCGAGGUAAAGUUCGCAAACCGGGACACUACUUCCGGUUUUGCAGAGUUUGUAAACCGAAUCGUUUGUAAACAGGACUGUUUUUAAACCGAGGUACCGCUGUACUCUGCCCAUUUAUUUUGCCUCUGGUACUGCUCACCAAUAGAAUGUGGCCUCCAGAAGGGAAUGUGGUCCUUGAUCUGUAAAGGGUUCCUCAUCCCUGAUUUAUAUUAAUGGUUCAUGUGAGACGCAAAGCAAAAUUCAGCAUGCUAAAUGCACUGGAGGAAGUCAUUUAAAAGUUGCAAUGACACACACACACACACAGAGAGAGCAGUGUUGUGAAUCAGGACUUGCAGCACAUUUCAAACGGACUACUAAUCUUUCCCCAAGCGUACCCAAAUAUUAAAAUGCCCAGCUAAUUAUAAUACAGGUAAUUGCAGCUUCAAGGAAAACCUCUGACUUGCGCAAAACAGAGUCAGCAGGAGUUGACCUCAGCCAAGCCUCGGCUCAAAAAGGCAGUUGGCUUUCAAAUUGUUUGAACUGGAUCAAACCCCUGGCCGACGAAUAUCUAAAUUUAGAAGUCCAAGCUGGAACUUCAAAAGCAGCGUCAAACUCAUGCUUGUCUGUGAGAAGCCAGGGUUUUCCAAGAAAACGGCCCAGAUUAGAAGGAAUGACUGCUGCAUGCUGGUAAUUAUCCCCUUCAAAUGAGCUGUGUCUUUCUCCUCUGCUUAACUACACCCAAACAGGGACACGUUUUCACUCCAUUAAGAAAGGUCUUUCUCCAGACACCAAUGUCGUCCUUUGGGGCACUGAUUUAGCAAACAUAAUGGCUGGUUCUCAACCCAGUGGUGGAGCCUGUCAGUUUAGAAGAGGAAUGGGGAACCUCAGGCCCAGGGGCGGCCCUCGGAAUAUCUCUGUCUGGCCUUCAGUAUACCUGAAGGAGCGUCUCCACCCCCAUCGUUCAGCCCGGACACUGAGGUCCAGCUCCGAGGGCCUUCUGGCGGUUCCCUCGCUGCGAGAAGUGAGGUUACAGGGAACCAGGCAGAGGGCCUUCUCAGUGGUGGCACCCGCCCUGUGGAAUGCCCUCCCAUCAGAUGUCAAGGAAAUAAACAACUACAGUGGUACCUCGGGUUACAUAUGCUUCAGGUUACAUACGCUUCAGGUUACAGACUCUGCUAACCCAGAAAUAGUGCUUCAGGUUAAGAACUUUGCUUCAGGAUGAGAACAGAAAUCGUGCAGCAGCGGCGCAGCAUCAGCAGGAGGCCCCAUUAGCUAAAGUGGUGCUUUAUGUUAAGAACAGUUUCAGGUUAAGAACAAACCUCCAGAAUGAAUUAAGUUCUUAACCAGAGGUACCACUGUACUUUAAACCAGAUUCUACACACACACAUCUCAGAAUACAUCCAUGCUGGUUGUUUUUACCUCUCAAAAGUGCUUGUGCACCUCAGCUUUGUUUUGAAUCAUUAUAUACCACCUUGAAGGAUACAGAUCGGCCCUAGCUAGUUUACAGGUAACACAAAAGCACUACAGUAAAAUGAUCGCAGUCAGAUGAUAUAAGAACAGCAGUUCAUUAGGAUCCUUCUCCCAGGACAGUUGGUGUCCGUUGGCUCUGUGGGUCUAUGGAGGGGUGCUUCAUUUGGACCCAGUUGUGAGGCCGUCUUUGUCUCCCCGCUUCCCUCAGUCUCCUGUGCCACAGGGCAGUCGGUGGCAGAUGUCCUUGCAGGGCAAGGGAAGGGGACGAUCUUGUUGGACCACAAUAUGGGGCCAUCUUUUUCCUGCCUCCCUCAGUCUCUUGCGCCAGACCACAGGGCAGUCGGUGACAGGUGGCCCCGCGCAGGGACGGCCUGAGACGUUUUGGCACCUGAGGCGCACAAAAUGGUGCCCCCCUUCCCACCAGCGAAGAAGAAGAGAUGGGUGGAAAUCUAUAUCAGGGACAAAGCGAGAGUAGCAAUCUACGUCGGGAUCAAGGGGCGAAAUCAACUCAACCUUACCCGACGGUUGAAGUGGGGAUCAAAUGUCGUCACGGGGGAAAGGGGGCUUGCUCUGAAUCUCGACAGGUGGAUGCAGACCCCAGGGGAGAACUAAUACCAUUUCCUCCCUCGGGGUGGGAGGAAACCAUAUUCCCUAUUUGCUGAGAGGUAGAGGUGGCAAGGGGCAGGCUGCCUUGCAGAUGGCGGAUCCUGCGCCACACUCCUGUUGCCACUUCAAGAGCAGGCGAUGCUCUCAUUGGAGCCUGGAUCUGCUGCCUCUGUGGAUCUGCCACCUGAGGCGGUUGCUUCACCUUGUCUUAUGAGUGGGCCGGCAUAGCAUCAAUGUUGUUUCAAUGCCACUUCAGAGAUGCAUAUCCUACCCAAAGUGACCAAGGGUGGAGUCUGACGAACAGCCUAGCUAGAGGCCGAGAUAAACCUACAGUGGUACCUCAGGUUACAUACACUUCAGGUUACAUAGAAGAAUGAAACAACCUAACACUCCUCCAUUCGUGUAUUGGAAGAAUCUGAUAAUGUGCUUGGUGAUGCAUGUAUACUCUAUCACUUCUUUUCAAUCCUUCAGUACAAAUUCUUUACAUACAGUGGUACCUCGGGUUACAUACGCUUCAGGUUACAUAUGCUUCAGGUUACAGACUCCGCUAACCCAGAAAUAGUGCUUCAGGUUAAGAACAGGAUGAGAACAGAAAUCGUGCUCCGGCGGCGCGGCAGCAGCAGGAGGCCCCAUUAGCUAAAGUGGUGCUUCAGGUUAAGAACAGUUUCAGGUGAAGAACGGACCUCCGGAACGAAUUAAGUACUUAACCUGAGGUACCACUGUAUUUUGAAACCCGAGCCACCUGCUUUCAUAGACAUUCAUCCCCGAAAAGCUUAGGAUGUAAUAUUGGGAGAGGAGGGGUUUUGUGUGUGCGAUGUAGGCACCUUAACAAGUGACUGAACAGCUGGAUCCACGCCUGCUUGCGGAAGGCAGAUAAGAACAAAGACAACAAGAUGAGCUUUAAAGAGCUCAAGAACUUCAUGAAAGAAGUCAACAUACAAGUCGAUGACAACUAUGCCCGGAAUAUCUUUGAGGUAAGGAGAAUUUAAUUCGCUCACUUGCAAGCGUAUUUUGUUAUGAGGCAGUGGUGUUUCAUGAAACGGUAGGGACCCGAUCCUAUGGACGUUCUCUGGAAGGAAGCCUGAUGGGAUCCAGUGGGGCCUUCUCUUGAGUAAAGCAUAUGGAAAGGGUAGGAUUUGCACUCAUUAGACGUGUGUGUGUGUGUGUGUGUGUAUUCUUGACUCAGAAUUUUGUAGGAGGGAUUCAGUUGAAUACUGGAAAUUUUGGUUUGCAUAAUUAAAGCGGAUUAAAGCACACCGAGUAGCAAUGGAGCAGAAAUUCAGUUUGGUUCACGUUUAAUGCCAAACCUACUGAAUUCUUUCUAGAAAAAUACACAAACCGAACUGACACAGCUGCCCUUCAAAAUUCACACUUGUCUGAAUUUUGCAAUGCAGUUUGCCAAAAAAAAAAAUGCAUAUGGCUAGUGAAAAGGACACACACAAAUACAAAAAAGCAUGCAAGAAAUGUGUAUGUUAGGCAAGAUUGCAUACAAAAAUGCAGGCAACCCCCCCCCCCCCAAUUUACGCAGGGGUUACAUUCUGAGGCAUCGCACGUGUCAGGGAAAUCACGUAUAUUUGAAACACCAUUGGAGAAGCCUGCGAACACUCGGUUCCUCCCCUUGUUGUGACAUUUUUGGGUCACUUCUGGGUUCAACACAAUGCAUGUGUGUGCGGUCACGCACAUAUUGAAUGUGCAUAGGUACUUUAGGAUAAAUGUAUGUUAAAAUGCUAACGCAGUUUCACGAGGACUUAAGAAGCAGCGGCACAAAGUGAUGCGGAAAUGUGGAAACUGAAUUUAAGGUUGGAAAAAAAUGAGAAACUGAGGGAAACCGAAACUGAGAGAAUCUCUCUUCUCUAUUCUGAAGCCCUCAAGAUGGCAGCUCCCUUUUCCAGCUCCCAGAAUCCACUCUUCCUUCCCCACUUUAUUUAGCCAAUUCCGAUUCCGCCCUAAAACAGAGAGAAAAAGGCCCGGUACGUCGGCGAGAUCUGCCAAUCAUGUACUCCAUGCUAGGCUGCAAAGUUGACCUUUUCCAAUGACCCGUAUCUGUUUUGCAUUGUCUAGCCCUGGUUCAGGUUUCAACCCAUAAAGAAGAAGGGUUUUUACCUCUUCUCUCUGCGUUCACAGCAAUGCGACAAAUCCCAGACGGACACUUUGGAAGACGACGAGAUCGAGGAAUUCUAUAAGAUACUGACCGAACGGCGCGAGAUCGAUGAGAUCUUCUCUGAGCACUCCAACGGCCAGGCCAUGAUGUCGCUGGAGGAUCUGGUGAGGUUCCUUCGAGAAGAACAGCGUGAGGAGAAUGCAGGGCCUGAACUUGCGCUUUCUCUGAUAGAGAGAUACGAACCCAACGGAAGUGGUACGUUGGUAACCCUUUGGAUUUGACAAUAUUUACACUGAAUGCAUGCAGAGGAGGGAGGCCAGGACGAUGAGGGAUCUGGAAACCAAGCCUUAUGAGGAAUGGUUGAGGGAGUUGGGUAUAUGUUUAGAAUUGAGAACAGGAGACUGAGAGCUGAGCUGGUAGGCAUCUUCAAAUAUCUGAAGGGCUGUCACAUGGCAGGUGGAACAAGCUUGCUGUCUCCCGCUCCGAAGGGUCGGGUCAGAACCAAUGAAUUUGAGUUAUAAGAAAGGAGAUUCUGACUAAACAUCAGGAAUAACUUUCUGAUGGUAUGAGUAGGCUAUAGUUCAUGGGUAGGCAAACUAAGGCCCGGGGGCCGGAUCUUGCCCAAUCGCCUUCUAAAUCCAGCCCGUGGAAAUCAGCAUGCUUUUACUCAAGUAGAAUGUGUGCUUUUAUUUAAAAUGCAUCUCUGGGUUAUUUGUGGGGCAUAGGAAUUCGUUCAUCCCCCCCCCAUAUACUCCGGCCCCCCACAAGGUCAGAGUGACAGUGGACCGGCCCCCUGCUGAAAAAGUUUGCUGACCCCUGCUAUACUUUCUUUCUUUCUUUCUUUCUUUCUUUCUUUCUUUCUUUCUUUCUCUCUCAAUUUUCACCAACAAUUUUCACCAGCAACACUAUCAAAGCAGCUCACAUAAAUACAAUAAAGGAAAACAAUACGAUUUAAUUUCUGAAAAUCAGAAUUAAAACUGAAUAUUCAAUGUCUAAAAGCUGGCAACCACCCCUCCCAAAAAAAGCCAUUUAGUCACAGCCUGCCCCAUUCUCAGUUUUGUCCUUUUCUUCUCCCCAUUGUACUCCCCCCCUUUUUUUACAGUCAAGGGACAAAAUGUCAUGACCAAAGAUGGCUUCCAGAUGUAUUUGCUGUCUCCCCACGGAAACGUAUUCAAUCAAGCUCACAUCCCUGUGUACCAGGACAUGACCCAGCCGCUGAGCCACUAUUACAUAUCGUCUUCGCACAACACCUACCUCAUGGAGGACCAGCUGAGAGGACCCAGCAGCACUGAGGCUUACAUCAGGUGUGGCGCAUCAUCUCCCCUCUUCUGAUGGAAGAGCCAAGAGAGUUGUCAGAGGGGCCUGGGAGAGGUGCUUCCAUUUUAAUUACCCACAGUGCCCUGGGGCACAGCAUCACCCAAGGCAUUGUGGGAAGUUAAAAAGGGCGGCACUUAUCAGUCCCAGCAACUCGGUGCUCCUCAGCGUGCCGGGCAAACAAUUUGUUUCAGAGCUGUAGUCCGAAAGAUCUGGAAGCCAUCAGGUCAGCAAAGGCUGGGGUAAGGGGAGAAUUUGUGAGCAGCCUUGGGUCCUAGCCGAACGAGACAUUAGAAGCGGUAUCACUUUAAACAGUCGUGGCUUCCCCCGCAAAGAAUCAUGGGAACGGUAGUUUGUUAAGGAUGCUGAGAGUUCUCAGGAGAUCCCUAUUCCCCCGUCUAGAGCUACAAUCUCCAGAGUUCCCUGGGAGGAGAGAUUGGUUGCUAAACCAUUCUGGGAACCGCAGGUCUUGGGAGAGAAGCAGCCAUCGUUCUGGCCGUUGCUCAGCAACAAAACAUUUGCUUUGUAUGGAGAAGGUCCCCAAUAUCUGCAGACAUGUCUGGGAAAGACUCCCUCCCUGAGACCCUAGAUGAGAGCUACUGCCAGUCAGUGUCAACAAUAUUACACCCUUGUGCACAUUGACUGAAAGACACAAUGUAGUUUAUUGUAGAAAACUCACAUAUACAUGUACAAAACUCACAUAUACAUACAUCUGUAACGGAUAUGACUGCUGCUAUUUUUAAGCAGCAUUUGAACACAGUUUGGCAUGGAGUCUACUAGUUUCGAACAGCCACUGUUGAUUUUCGGAUCCCUGUACCACACUUGAAUCAGCGCCUGAAUGAGCUACUCCAUAGUCGUACAGUCUACAGCACGGAGGCGAAUUUUGCAUAUAGCCCACAAAUUCUCGAUGGGAUUUACGUCUAGGGAAUUCCCUGGCCAAUCAAGUACCUGUAUAUGCUGCUCUGUCGUGAAUUUCCUCACCACUUUCGAUGUGUGACAUGGGGCUAGGUCCUGCUGCAAUAUCCCAGUACCUUCAGGAUACCUCUUUUCCAGCUCUGGAAUAACUCUCUUCGUAGAACCUCAGUAUAUUAUUGCAAGCACAUCAUUCCUUCUAUUGGCUUCCGGCUUCCGGCACCAUAAUGAUCAAUUGACUUUUUGUGUUUGUUUUGAGUACAGGAUGACAAGUCAGAUAGAAAACAUGCUUUGUUUCAGUUAAUUUGCACAAGGGUGUAGGCUAGAUGGAGCCCAUGGGUCUGACUUUGUAUAAGGCAGCUCCACAUAUAUGGGCACCUCCUCCUUUUGCCGUUUCUGGGAAUCUGGUUUUGAACAACUCCCAACAGACCCUGUGAUGUUUUCUUUGCAGAGCCCUGACCAAAGGCUGCCGGUGUGUAGAGCUGGAUUGCUGGGACGGGCCUAAUUCGGAGCCUGUCAUUUACCACGGCUACACGCUCACCUCCAAGAUCCUCUUCUGCGAUGCCAUCAAAGCCAUCAAGAACUACGCUUUCAAAGUAAGGGCGGCUCCUCUCCCCCCAGCCAGCACCCUAGCUUUAAAUCUCUUUAUGCCUUUUGUACUGUUGUGGUCUAAGCCAUUGAGCCUAGGACUUGCCGAUCAGAAGGUCGGUGGUUCGAAUCCCCACGACGGGGUGAGCUCCCGUUGCUCGGUCCAUGCUCCUGCCAACCUAGCAGUUCGAAAGUGCAAGUAGAUAAAUAGGUACCACUCCAGUGGGAAGGUAAAUGGCGUUUCCAUGCACUGCGGCUUAGUCAUGCUGGCCACAUGACCCGGAAGCUGUACGCUGGCUCCCUUGGCCAAUAAAGCGAGAUGAGCGCUGCAACUCCAGAGUCGACAGCGACUGGACUUAAUAGUCAGGGGUCCCUUUACCUUUACCAUUGCAAGACACUUUGAGACAUGCCGCGAGCAAGAAAUGAAAAUAGCAACAUUUUUUUUUUAAAGUCCCAGUUAAAAUGCCCGGGGGAAUUUAUUGCUUAAAAAACCUACAUGCCUAAAGUCAAGCUGUGCAGGAACCCGAUGGGCUUUUUUGGGGAGGCUUUUCGGCACCGGUGUUGCUGCAAUCUGGGGCAAUUGCUUUUUCUGAGAAACUAACUGAGAGAGCACACACCCAGAAUGGUGCAACUGAUCCUGACGAUUUUGCUAAAAUAUGACAAAUGGAAACCCUGAUGUCCGGCAACCACCAAAUAAGCAUAUACCGUAGAUUAGGGAUCAGCAAACUUUUUCAGCAGGGGGCUGGUCCACUGUCCCUCAGACCUUGUGGGGAGCCAGACUAUAUAUAUUUUUUUGGGGGGGGGGAAUGAAUGAAUUCCUAUGCCCCACAAAUAACCCAGAGAUGCAUUUUAAAUAAAAGCAUGCAUUCUGCUCAUGUAGAAACACCUUGAUUCCCGGACCGUCCGCGGGCCGGAUUUAGAAGGCGAUUGGCCUGGAUCCGGCCCCCGGGCUUUCGUUUGCCUACCCAUGCCAUAGAUGUAUUAAGACAUCUGUUGCCUUAGACUUGUGUUCUGGGGGAGGGGGAAGACCAAGUGUUUGGAUAAUGUUUCUUGAAAAUGUUUAAAUUAAUUUUUUUUUUUUUAAAGAAGACCCUGCUCUUUGGGCCCCUCAAUUUUACUUCCCCAGAAGCAAGCACCCAGCAGAGCAGGACCUUUCUUGACGAGCUCAAAGGCUGGAGUCACUCGUACAGGAGGAAAACAGCAGUUAUUCAUGUAUUAAUGUCACUGUUCUCUUACCCACCCCCCCACAGACCUCUCCUUAUCCUGUCAUCAUAUCCCUGGAGAACCACUGUAGUCUUGAGCAGCAGAAAACGAUGGCAUACCACAUGCACAACAUCUUGGAAGACAUGCUGUUGGUGGCGCCAGUCGACUCCAAUGCUUCCGAGCUCCCUUCGCCGGAGGUGAGUUCAGCUGCGUUUUAUCAGCAUGUAAAACGCUGCAGCUGCCAUCUUGAUUGACAAACUAAGUUGGGGGUGGGGAACCUGUGGCCCUCCAGAUAUUGUGGGACUACAACUCCCCUCAGCCCCAGACAGCAUUGACUGAUGGUUUGGGAUGAUAGAAGAAUGGUCCUUCCCAGACCGUUGGCCAUGCUUCCUGAGGCUGAUGGGAAUUGGAGUCCCACCAUGUCUGGAGGGCCAGAGAUACUGAUCCUGUUCCACCAUUUGUACCCUUUGCCGCUGUUAUAUCUCUUUUUUUCUUUUCCUUUUUCCUCUAGCAAUUAAAGGGGAAAAUUCUCGUGAAAGGGAAGAAGCUGAGCCCAGAGACGGAAGAAGUCUCUGAUGAGGAUGAAGCGGCUGAAAUAGAAGACGAAACUGUGAAGAUUGAGGUGGAGAGGAAAAGGACGGUGAGCCUCGUGAGCCAUGUUAGCAAUUCCAGGCCCUGAUUUUGCGUGUUCUUAGCAACUGCUAGGGACGCGGGUGGCGCUGUGGGUUAAACCACAGAGCCUAGGUUGGUGGUUCGAAUCCCUGCGACGGGGUGAGCUCCCGUUGCUCGGUCCCUGCUCCUGCCAACCUAGCAGUUCAAAAGCACAUCAAAGUGCAAGUAGAUAAAUAGGUACCACUCCGGUGGGAAGGUAAAAGGCGUUUCCGUGCAUUGCUCUGGUUCACCAGAAGCGGCUUAGUCAUGCUGGCCACAUGACCUGGAAAAACUGUCUGCAGACAACCACCGGCUCCCUUGGCCAAUAAAGCGAGAUGAGCGCCGCAACCCCAGAGUCGGUCACGACUGAACUUAAUGGUCAGGGGUCCCUUUACCUUUACCUUACUCUGAGUAAGACGAGCACCGUCUACAACCAUGGUGAUUGAGAGGCCGGUGGGUUGUUUCACUCCCUGCCUCCCACCCCUGAAACUAUGAUGAAUUCUCAGUUUUCUACCUUGUUCCUUGUCCCUUUUUAGAGUGAAAAACUGAAGCUUGCCCAGGAGCUAUCUGACACGGUGGUCUACUGCAAAAGUGUCCACUUCCAAGGUUUCAAUAAUACCGAUUGCAAUGAAAUGUCAUCCUUCAGCGAAAGCAAAGCUUUGAAGCUGGCCCAGGAAUCUGGUAAGUAGCCCCUUGCCUCAUCUGGUGUGCUCAAAAGAGAGAUCCACCGACCGAACAUAACCCAAGAACAUGGUGUGCGUGUGUGACCUAAAGUAAAACGCUGCAGUGUGGAGUGCGCUGCUAUUCACGAUGCUAGCCAGCCAUUCCCAUUCCCAGGAUACUCCAUUCCAGCCAGCUAGCCAUGCCCACGUCAAGGAAAUUCCAUUCCAACCCACCCCCCAUUUUCUAUUUAUUCCCUGCCAAUAACCAGCCAGCAUUCCAUGGCUAUUGAUCAUGCUCAGUCCUUACUGGGCUGUUUUUUGUGGGGGUGUCUCCCCUACUUUUGAACUCCCCCAUCUUAUAAGCUUACAAGGAGGGCAUGCCAAACCACUCCUUCCCCCUAUUUCUCAUUUCUGGCACCACCCAUUCACAGGUAUACCGCUGCUGAACCUGGAAGCUGUUUGGCCAGCGUCACUAAUAAUGCUCGGUAUAUUUGUUUUGUCAGAUCCUGGUGGCCACAUUCACGUGUGAUAGCCUUAAAUAAUUUUUUUAAUUGAAUUUUACAUUUUUAUCAUGCUAACAACAUUUCAGGGAUGUGGGUGGCGCUUUGGGUUAAACCACAGAGCCUAGGACUUGCUGAUCAGAAGGUCGGCAGUUCGAAUCCCCGCAAUGGGGUGAGCUCCUGUUGCCCGGUCCCUGCUCCUGCCAACCUAGCAGUUUGAAAGCACGUCAAAGUGCAAGUAGAUAAAUAGGUACCACUCCGGCGGGAAGGUAAACGGCAUUUUCGUGCGCUGCUCUGGUUCGCCAGAAGCAGCUUAGUCAUGCUGGCCACAUGACCCAGAAGCUGUACUCUGGCUCCCUUGGCCAAUAAAGCGAGAUGAGUGCCACAACCCCAGAGUCAGUCACGACUGGACCUAAUGGGCAGCGGUCCCUUUACCUUUUUAACAACAUUUCAAUUCAUCAGAAUCAAAGAAAUACAUUCCCCAGAUUCCCCACCCAAGACUUCCCUCAACUUCCUCUUCUGGUUUUUUACAUAUUCACUCCCCCUGCUUGCUUUGUUAUAUCUUCAUAUAAAUUCUUUAUAUUAGUUAUUAUCUCUUAUCAUUUUAACAUCAUCUUUAAAAUUUCUGUAUUUAUUUUUGUUAAUUGCAAGUGUUUACUCAAACCCUGCUAGUGAGUCCAUUUCUUUACAUUGUUUCUGUAAAUACAACAUAAAUGGUUCCCAAUCUUUUUAAAAUUCUCUAUUGUCUUUAUUUCUAAUUCUUUCUGUUAACUUCACCAUUUCCGCAUAUUCCAUCAGUUUUUGUAGCCAUUCUUCUUUGGUUGGUAUUUCAUCACUUUUCCAUCUUUGGGCUAGCAUCCUAGCCGCAGCCGUAGCAUACAUUAAAAAGUUUCUUCUUUCCUCUUGUCCGAUCUUGACCUGAAGUGCCUAAUAAAAAAGCUUCUGGUCUUUUAGCAAACAUUAUCGUAAAUAUUUUCUUAAUUUCAUUAUAAAUCAUAUCCCAAUAAUUUUCAAUCAUUCUGCAAUUCCACCACAUAUGAAAAAAGUGCCUUCUUUACAUUCCCAACACUUAUUGGAGCCUCAUGUGUGAUAGCCUUAAUUAUGUGUUGUACAGUGGUACCUCGGGUUACAUACGCUUCAGGUUACAUAUGCUUCAGGUUACAGACUCUGCUAACCCAGAAAUAAUACCUCGGGUUAAGAACUUUGCUUCAGGAUGAGAACAGAAAUCGCACGGCGGCGGCACGACAGCAGCAGGAGGCCCCAUUAGCUAAAGUGGUGCUUCAGGUUAAGAACAGUUUCAGGUUAAGAACGGACCUCCGGAACGAAUUAAGUACGUAACCAGAGGUACCACUGUACGAAGAAGAGUUUUCCGCCCUCACAACCCUAAUCUGUCUCUCUGGGUCACCCCAGCUCUCCCACAGUUCCAUUAUGAUUAGAGGAGGAGAAAGAAAUUGUCAUUUUUUUUCUGUUCUCAUUCCAGGGACCGACUUUAUCCAUCACAACAUCAGGCAUCUGAGCAGAAUCUACCCUGCAGGAUGGAGGACGGAUUCGUCUAACUUCAACCCUGUUGACAUGUGGAAUGUGGGGUGCCAAAUUGGUAAAUUGGGUUGUUAAAAUCAACAUGGCUUAUUUAGUUGUGAAUAACUGGAGGUGAAAGGGGGCUGUGAAGUAAUCUUAUCUCUGUCUUUCUGUCUGUUUGUCUUAUCACCUGCCCUUCCCUUUAAGGCCCCAGAGUGGUUACAGCAUUAAAACACAAUAUUAAAAUUGGUUCAAAACAUAUUACAGUCCUAAAAAUGAGGCGGGUGUGGCGAUCACACAGGAUCCCUGGACGUUUCACCAUCUAUUGAUCCCUGUGCCAUCACUUUAUUUCUUGCUGCCACCACCCAGGCCCUACCUGGUACAAUACUGAGUCCAGUCAGGGUUAAAUUGGAACAUAAACUUCUGUUUAUUUAUUGCAGUUUAAUAGGCGUCUGGUUUCAUAAACGGUAUCGGUCAAUUACAUUCAUAUCCAGACCUAUAACUUCCGCUCACUAAACUACCUCUCAGAUAGUUACCGUAUUUUUCGCUCUAUAAGACACACUUUUCCCCCUCCAAAAAUUAAGGGGAAAUGUGUGUGCGUCUUAUGGAGCGAAUGCAGGCUCCAUGGCUUCAGCGAUAGCAACGCGAAGCCUUCGAAGCACAGUGGGAGCGCUCCCGCUGCGCUCCGGAGGCUUCGCGUUGCUUUUGCGCACCGACCCCUCUCGCUCUCCAGGCUUCAGGGAUAGCCGCCUGAAGCCUUUGGAGUGCAGCGGGACACCGCGCUGCGCUCCAAAAGCUUCGGGGUUAGCUGCGCAAAGUCUCCGCAGGGCAGCGGGGUGAAGGCACCCCACUGCCCUGCAGAGGCUACAAAUGCUGUCCCCGAAGCCAGAACAGCGAGACAGAGUGCUCCGUCUCGCUGUUCUAGCUUGGGGAUGGCUGCGCAAAGCCUCUGCAGGGCAGCGGGGUGCGUUCACCCUGCUGCCCUGCGGAGUCUACAAAGGCUGUCCCCAAAGCCUCAAGCCUUUGGAGUGCAGUGGGAACACACGCUGCGCUCCAAAGGCUUUGGGUCAGCAAAAGGAACCUGAAGCCUUUGGAGCGCAACGUGAGGUCCCGCUGCGCUCUAAAGGCUUCAGGGAUCUUUGAGGCUGGCGGUGGGGGAAAGCAGCGCUCCCCCCACCCAGCCCCACAAGCUCGGGGGGCAGCGGCAAGGCUGUGUGCAGCCUUUGUGCUGUUCCCCGACCUGCUCUUGAAUGCACCUUGAACGCACCUUGUUUUAGAGAAUUUUUUUUUCCUGUUCUCCCCCUCCUAUGGUCCAGUGCGUCCUAUAGAGCAAAAAAUACGGUACACCUCAAGUGUCAAAAGCCAGGAUAAACAGGUGCAUUUUCAGCAUUCUCUGGAAGCUGUACAACAACUCUCCAUGGCGCAAACAAAAGCAAGGACUCCAUUUCCAGAAGAUGACAAUGUUCUGUAAAUCUGCUAUCGUGCCCCAUUCAACGGGUUAAGGGCUACUAAUGAUCAUACGCACCUAAAUGAAGCAUUGGCUUGUAAAAUAAUAAUUUGCUAAUUAAUUGUACAUAUUUCUCCCCCAGUUGCCUUGAAUUUUCAGUCCAAGGGAACCGAUAUGGAUGUCUAUCAAGGCCGAUUCCAGGAAAAUGGCUUUUGCGGGUACGUCCUAAAGCCGGAAUUUCUGCGGGACGAGCAGUCCAGGUUCAACCCCAAGGCCGUCUCAGAAGGGCCGUGGUGCACCAAGAAGAAACUCCAGGUGAAGGUAGGAAUUGGAAACGAGGAUUGCAUGCAUUUCUCUGAAGUCCAAAGUUGGUACCCCAGCGCUCUUCCUUAUUGUCCCCUGGAAGGCUUUCAAGUCACGAUGGACACUCAAGACCCAACAACUAUCCCCCUCUUUCUCUCUUACAGGUCAUCACAGGCCAGCAACUGCCCAAGGUGAACAAGAGCCAAAACUCCAUUGUGGACCCCAGGGUGAUAGUCGAGAUCCACGGCGUCCAGAGGGACAACGAGAAGAAGCAAACCACCGUCAUUGACAACAAUGGUAAGAGGAGGAGACACUUGUGAGUCUUCACCAGCUGAACUCAUCACUGCCUCUUGGCCUCCUUCUCUCCUGCUUCAGCUUCUGCCUCUCAUUCUGGACUUCUCUCUGCCCCAGACUCUCUCUGCUCACUAAACCCUGUUACCUCUUCCGUUCCCAACACUUCCUCUUCCCAGUCUUCUCCCUCUGACUGCUCAUUGUCAUCCCACCACCAUUCCCCGGGCUCUGAGCCUUCUUCCCUUAGGGGUUCCCCAGCUGGUUCCUCCCACCAUUAUUCUGCAUCCAACCAGUCCUUGACACCAAGGCACUUAGAAACCAUGAGCUUAAAGUCCAGCCCAGUGGUUCUGCUGCAUAGCGAUUGAAAAAGGACCAAGAUUUUGGCCGCCAUACCUUCUGGGCUGCUACUCUGACAAACCCCUUGGCUCCUAGCUUGCAGAGGGUCUUUCUUCUUGCUGUAGCUGGGUAAAUGGAGAUUCAAUAGCGGCUUUGUUCAUUUGUUUCCCGGCGAAGGAAAAAGCUGAAGCUGUUCUUCUUUGUCCAAGACGCCUUACAAAAGGGCCUUUCAUUGCUUCCUGGAAGGGGAAAGGGAGCCUGAAUCCAAAACUACCAAUAGCUGGCAAAAGCCUUGGUUGUAUAUUCUCCCAACUUUGGGCGAUGGGUUGCUUGGCUUUCAGCCCAACUGAAAACCGAUUCAAGUGUGCAUGUGGUACAGUCCUCUCAAAAGGCUAUAUCACCUUGCAAAGGCGUUGGGGUGAAGGGGAUUGCCGUUUUGGAAACUCCCACUAUGGCACGAUCUCCUUGGCAUGUGGAAAGCUUACACUCCAGGGAGAAGAGGAGAUAUGUUAGUCAUCAAAUAUCUCAGGGGCUUUCACGUGAAAGAUGAGCAAGCUUGUUUUCUCCUGCUCCGGAGGGUGGGACCCGAACCAAUGGCUUCAAGCUACAAGAAAGGUGCGCAGAACUGGACAGAGAACUCCCAGUGGGGUCAGACCAAGGCAGAAUAGAGUGGGACUAUUACUUCACGCGGGUGGCGCUGUGGGUUAAACCACAGAGCCUAGGACUUGCCGAUCAGAAGGUCAGCGGUUCGAAUCUCCACGACGGGGUGAGCUCCCGUUGCUCGGUCCCUGCUCCUGCCCACCUAGCAGUUCGUAAGCACGCCAAAGUGCAAGUAGAUAAAUAGGUACCACUCCGGCGGGAAGGUAAACGGCGUUUCCGUGCGCUGCUCUGGUUCGCCAGAAGCGGCUUAGUCAUGCUGGCCAUAUGUAUGCCAGCUCCCUCGGCCAAUAAAGCGAGAUGAACACCGCAACCCCGGAGUCGGCCACGACUGGACCUAAUGGUCAGGGGUCCCUUUAUCUUUUUAUUACUUCUCUUGAUUGGCUCACUUUGCUUCUGUUGAUGCAGCCCAGAGAGAGAGAGAGAGAGAGAGAGAGAGAAAGGAAAAACGAGUCUCUGAGCAUCUUUUCUAUCAAUCAAAGAUGAGGCCAGAUUUUUCUAUCUUUUACGGAUCUAGCCUACUGGAAAUAUGUUCAGACUUGUACAUCUCUGUGUUGCCCAUGUUUGUCUUUUCUUCCUUCCUCACCUAACACUCUCUCUCCCCUUUGCCAGGAUUUAACCCCAGAUGGGAUGAAGCGUUUGAGUUUGACAUCGACGUCCCUCAGCUCGCUCUGGUUCGUUUCAUGGUGGAAGACUUUGACGCGUCGACCAAAAAUGACUUUAUUGGGCAAUUCACAGCUCCCUUCACAAGUUUGAAACAAGGUGAGUCUUCCCAUCUUAACCUUCAGAGCAAACUCUUCAUUCGAAGCUUAGAGUAACAGGGAGUUUCUGGGGCCAGUUAACAACUACCAGACUUUUAGAAGACAUCUGAAGGCGGCCCUGUUUAGGGAGGCUUUUAAUGUUUGAUGUAGUACAGUAUUUUAAUAUUUUUUUUGGAAGCCGCCCAGAGUGGCUGGGGAAGCCCAGCCAGAUGGGCGGGGUAUAAAUAAUAAAUUAUUAUUAUUAUUAUUAUUAUUAUUAUUAUUAUUAUUAUUAAAAGUUCUCUCUGCUUUUUAAGUGUAAUGUCUCUUUCAAUAUGGUUGGGAGGUCUUCAUGAACUACAAACCCCAAAAUUUUGCGUCUUCUCCAAACCUGUGCCCAUGUUUUACAGUCAUUUUGCAGUGAAAACUUUGGCACCAGUUUGGAGUGAAUCAAACAAUAUUGGAUUUUUGGGUUUGAACCCCACUUUGAUGUAUCAAUUACUCAGUUGGGGGGGCGUGCUGCAAAACGUGGGGGUUUUGUUUGCUGCAAAACACUGCAAAAUGAUUGCAAAACUUUGACACAGGUUUGGAAGGAAUCCCAAAUUUGGGGGUUCGUAGUUAAUAAGCGGGGAUGCGGGUGGCGCUGUGGUUAAAUCACAGAGCCUAGGACUUGCCGAUCAGAAGGUCGGCAGUUUGAAUCCCGGUGACGGGAGGUGAGCUCCCGUUGCUCAGUCCCUGAUCCUGCCAACCUAGCAGUUCAAAAGCACGUCAAAGUGCAAGUAGAUAAAUAGGUACCGCUCAAGCAGGAAGGUAAACGUCGUUUCCAUGUGCUGCUCUGGUUCGCCAGAAGUGGCUUAGUCAUGCUGGCCACAUGACCUGGAAGCUGUACGCUGGCUCCCUCGGCCAAUAAAGCGAGAUGAGUGCAGCAACCCCAGAGUCGGUCACGACUGGAUCUAAUGGUCAGCGGUCCCUUUACCUUUACCUAGAGUUACCACAGAGCACAGUGACCUGUUUUUCAGGGAUAGGGAACCUUUGGCUCUCAAGAUGCCAUUGGGCUCCAACUCCCACCACUUUUUAGUUAAUAAGCCCUGUUGGGGGCUGCCUUGUGGGCUGUAAUUCAGGGGAUAGGGCCGUAUCCAACACUAGUCCUACUCAGAGUAAACCCAGUGAAGUUAAUUAACAUGACUAACUUGGGUCCGUUAAUUUCAAGGGGUCUGCAACAACAGCUAAACCACACUGUUUACGAACCUCCCAGGUGUCUUAUAGGAGCACAGCGCCCUCUACUGCCCAGAUCAGGCAGCGCUUCCCAAAUUCCUGAUAAUCCAAGACACACGUUUCUGAAUUAUUAUUGGUGACACGUGUAAGAGAAGGAGUUGGCUUUCUCUUAAUAUAUGCAGAUUUGUUGCUGGAGAACUGCAUCGCAGAAUUCAGGGAUGUACAGGUUUCAAAGGCUAUCUGCUUUUUCAAGUUGUUGUGUUUUGGAAAGAGCGAAUUAGGCCACGUUAAAACUGAAUUUCUCCCCCAUCUCUAUGUUGCGUCCUCCAGUCCCCCUGGCACGUGUGAGUCUGAUUGUCGCCACUCCCAGUGGCAGCUAUUGAAAUACAAGUGAAGAGAACACCACAAUAUAAUCUCUCUCUCUCUCUCUCUCUCUCUCUCUCUCUCUCUCUCUCUCUCUCUGAUAAUCUCCAGGCUAUCGCCACAUUCAUCUCUUGACGAAGAACGGAGACCAGUACCCUUCUGCCACGCUCUUCGUACACAUCAAUAUUACGGAUGCUUACUAAAAGGACAAUUUUCUCGGACCGCUCAAGGGACAGGUCCCUGCUUUCCCUUUCCAAAUGAACUUGCCUACCAAGCUGGGAAGAGAGAGACCUCAAACACUACCCUGGUUUUUAGCCGAUGUGGAAUCCCCACAACAUCCCCGGAGAGCAGGAAAUGGACAAAUGAGUCAAGCCAACCACCGCAGAGGUCGUUGCGCAAACCGCCUUGCUGCGUUCAGAAAGCGUCAUGGAGAAGUUCUGCUCCAAGUGCCUCUAAAAGGCCAUGUUCUGUUGUGGUUGGGAAGCUGGGCUAUCCUCCAUAUUAUGGGUAGGCAAACUAAGGCCCGGGGGCCGGAUCCGGCCCAAUCGUCUUCUCAAUCCGGCCCCCGGACGCUCUGGGAAUCAGCGUGUUUCUACACGAGUCAAAUGUGGUCCUUUUAUUUAAAAUGCACCUCUGGGUUAUUUGUGGGGCAUAGGAAUUCAUUCAUUUUCUUUUCAAAAUAUAGUCCAGCCCCUCACAAGGUCUGAGGGACAGUGGACCGGCCCCCUGCUGAAAAAGUUUGCUGACCCCUUAUCCUAGCUGCUGUUUCUGAGAGAAAGGAGAAAAAGAGCUAGCUUUUCAAUCAUGGAGAGAAGCACGAAAAUUGAGAUAGGGACGGGCACAGGAGAUUGUUACUUCAGUCCUUUAAGGCUGGGAGGUCCACACACUGGCCACUGUCCCCCCUCUGUUGUCUCUGAAGACCUCAUCUGGACUGUAGCACUUGCUUCAGGCAUGUUCUGAGUCAGAUCCGAGAUGUGGCUUCUCCACUUCUGUGUCUUCUCUGCUUGUUUCCAUGCCUCUGUUUCCUCCCUUAUGUCCGAUGGUUACUGACUUCCUUUGUGCGCUCGGGCAGCAAGGUGCCGGUUCUUCCCGACGUCACCUUUCAGGGUUUUCACUUUUUCAAGUUUCCAGUCCUCAGGAAAAGUAAGGCAAGCUUAAAAGCGUAAAGGCGAUUUCCGAUGCAAUUUCGAAAGCUAAGGAAAGGUGUUGAACGAUGUACACAUCGUUUUAAAAAAGCACACAUUCCGCUGCUGGGUGCUGCAAGCUGUGUAAAUCAUUCCAAUCAAGCAGACUUGCGCAAUGUUUAUUACUACCUCUAGCAGCAGCCACCAAAAUCCCUCCUUUGCAACUUCUCCGACUUCUGAAAUUUAACCGGGCAUCGCUCACCUUUUAAGUGAUAAUUUACCCAUUGGCUGAAACAAGAGAUUCUCAAGAAGCUGAUUUCUGGGGCCGGUGCUACAUUCUGUGUUUCUGCUGCGCUAGAGUGGACCAGCAAUGUACUCCCAGCUGGAUUUCAUAACUGUAAAAAUGUGAUUUUUAAUUUUUUUUUAGACAUUAAGAUGUAAGCACUGUCCUCAGACUUUCCCAAAACAGUGUCAGGGUAUUGGGCUUUUUCAGUUUUAGAAGCUGAGGCAUCAAUCAUGACGUUGUGAAUUUGCUAGAUGCUACCUUUUUUUUUGUAAAUUUUGUAAUUUUGUUCGAUCUUUUUAGAAUUAAUUAUUACAUUAUUUUUAGGCGAAAGCAACCAAGGAGCAGGUCCAUUGUACAGUCACGCCCUCUCUUUUCUUAGUAGCUUGGAAACUGUUCUGAAUUUGAAGGGGGUGAGGAUAUAGACUGGGGUUUAAUCAGUCUCAUAGGCCAUUAUCCAAAGAUGAUUGUUGCCUGUGGGAAUUUAUCCCAACAUUAGCAAAUUCAGCCGCUUGAAAGAAACUGACUGAUAUAAAAUAUGAUAAUUCUGUUGUUUCAAAUAUUGGGUUUCCCCCAGCUGGUUCUGAAUUACUACUGUUUUUGAACAUGAUGCAAUUGUAUCUAAGGUUUUCCGUGAAAUGGUGAGGACUAGAAUCUUUUGGAGAGUUUACAUAACCUCACAUCAAAAAGCUUUGAAUCAGAGUCCUGUUGUGCCACCGUUCUGCCUCUUUUACAUUACAUGUGAGAUACACUACAAAAUCCAUGCCCUCAAUCCACCUAAAGCUGAAUGCUUUUUAAGCGUUCUGUAGAUUUCAGUGGGAAAGAAUUAAAAAUGCACUUAAUUCUCCCAGUGAUAUCGACGAGUUUUAAAUGGCUCUGGAUCUUUGCUGCAUGUUACACUGUGAUCUAUAGCAAAUUGUGAAAAUGCUAUGCUACUGACAAGGUCAUACCAAAUCCUCUUAUUUUAUAUGUGGUCCCAGCCUCCAAAACUCACUUUGGAUUGAAAAGAGAGGAGAACCUUUGCUUUUUCACUGAGCAGAAUCCUUUUAAACAAUCUGCGGAGGCUGAAGGCUCAUUUAAACGCAAUCUUAUCUCAUGAGAACAGGCCCAAAGCUUGCUUCAGACGUAGGUGCCUAUGCUGUGGUGCUUUGCCAAAGGCCCCUGAUUUCAUUUCAAGACAUAAGAAUUGGUCAACAGCACUGGCCAGUUUGCAGUUCCACAUCAAAGCAGAUGUGCCUGAAAGUGAUCCGACCGAGAGAAUCUGUGAUCUCAACUUGAAUUCCUCGAUUUGCGGAGAGUUGCUCUCUCAGGGUAGAUCACCUGUCAGGAUCGAGGUGUUCAUUUGUCAGCAAAGUUGGCACAAGCUUCUUUCCUCAACCAUUUUCGCUACCUCGAGACUUGGCCGGCCUCCUCACAAAAUGGCCACCACCCCCAAUCCUCUCAUCCGCAAAAUGGGGUCUGCAUUGUUAUAGAGCAGGGCCUCAGUGAGACAGGAACUCAUCCUGUGUCAUGGAAAUCCAUGUGCCUCUAACCCAACAUAGCCUCUUGUUUUGGGUUAGGCUUUGCCAUAUAUAUAUAUAUAUAUAUAUAUAUAUAUAUAUAUAUAUAUAAAUAAAAAUUUGGGGAAAGGGUGGAAUCCUGAGAGCCACUUUCAUGAAACGCACUGCAAAUUUAUUAAACAGGAAGGUGGUUUCUAAAAGCCGUUCCAUUUUCCCUUUCUUGCGGUGAACAUUAUCUCAUUUCUCAAGGCGCUAUGAUGAACUGUGUCGCCUCUUCCCCCCAGACACUUCCAUCUGGGAUUUUGUAAUGGAAAAGCCACGUAAUGCCUUAUUGCGGUAACUGUAAGGUCCUGGUCUAGCACUUUUUAAAAAAGGAUUGGGACCUUAUAACUGCCCCAGCCUUAUUCUGUUUGUGUAGAAGACAAUCACGGGGUGGUAAACUUGAAUAAUGGUUGGGACGUUGAUGGUUGAGAUGCAACUGUAGCUGGCUUUUAACAGAUAUUCCAUAAGUGGAGCCCUGACUGUGUCAUAAUGCAAUAGCUGAAUCCAAUGGGGAUCUUGGGCUUGUGUAAGACAUAGAAUCAUAGAGUUGCCAUCCAAGAAAUAAAUAAAAAUCAGCCUUCUCCAAUUGGGGUCUUCCAGGUGCUUUAGACUACAACAGUGAUGUGAGCCGAAGUCCAAAACAUCUGGAUAGAAAAGGCCAAUUCAUCUAGUCCAACUUGCAAUGAACAAUGUCAGCCUAUCAUUUGCAGUCUUGUACUGUUGUGCUCCUGUUGUUUACACGACAAAAAUAGUUUGCCCAGCAACACCAAUGCUCCCACUUCUUGCCCUGACAUGACAGUGGAUCUUGCCUAAAUGGGUUAUAUCCCAUGUCAGUCAUACUGUUGAGUAGACCCAUUGGAACUGGCGAACGCAGCUAAUGAAAGCCCCUUUAUUUCAGCGGAUCUGCCUUCGAGUACGGCUUCGCGAGAUAUAACCCAAUCAUUCUGCAAACAAAACUGACUUUUAUAUUGCGGGUUUUUUUUAAAUUAAAAAAUGUCAUAUAAAGCUACAGAGUUAGAGGGUUGACAAGAGUACGAU